GGUUUACUCCCUUCUUUUGGCCACACGUGGUCGCUGUUACCCCUCUCGCUGUAAACAGUCAGGCCUAAUCUCAUCUCCCCUCCUCCCCCUCUCCACUCCUCCUCCUCCUCUCUCCCUCUCUCUACAGCAGCGCGUCUCUCACCGCGCCUUGGAUGCCGUGUGACCAGCAGCAGUGAGCGGAGAAGCCGUGCAGCAGAGCGCCGUCAGCACACCAGCACCGCAAAAAUACAACCCAAACGAUGACAUUCUUACAGAGACGACAGAAGCCAACAAUCAUUUGACAACUUCCGAGCCUGCACCUUGCCUUCGCUGCUCCUUGCUGUAAGCGGUAAGUGCACUUAAAUCCUUUUUUAAUUGCAGAGCUCGCAAUGCUCAGCUCUCCGCGCAGGGCACUGAUAGCGCCAAUGCACUGAUGUUGAGAAUCAGAUAAUUCACAGCACAGUGGAUGAUCAAUGACAUGAAGAGCAUGUUGGCUCAAAUUGGACGCAGUCAUCUAAAAUUCCUCUCAUUAGUGCACAAUAGGCCUAUGUGAGAGUCAGCGCGCACUGGAUAAGAUGUUAACAGCGCAGGAGACUUGGUUUCCUCUUUUAUUCUGACACCUUUGUGCCAUGAUAAGCCUAGCAGUGCCAAGAUGUGCUUUCAGCCUCAGUUUCAUGCCUCCUGCUACUUCAGUCAAUCUCAUUAUGUCUUUAAAGGGACUAGUAUUCGAUUGUGUAGACUAGACAAUGAGGAUUAGGGUUGUAGGAGAGUGUCAUGCCAUUCAGGUACACCUAGCCUCAUCCUCUUUUUAUCAUCAUUUUGUGAGCAACGACAAGUCAUUGCAUAUUGUUUUGACAUUCGAAUCAAUCUUGUAGGAUCCUGGCAUUGGACAAAUGGAAGUCUCUGUAUUGAUUCAGCAACUCAGGGGCAACUAUGUCAGAGGUCAACUCUGCACUUCCAGUCAUAUGUGUUAAGGUUGCAAAGGGUCAGAUUCAUAAAUGUGCCUCUCAGCUAUGUGACGCUAUCCAGUUGGGAUUGUGUUUGGAUGUGUGAGUGCAUGUGAGCAAAGGGGAGGGAAGUGUGUGGGAGAGAGAAUAGGCACAUUUGGAGAUUUCUGAGCCAGCACUCAGGUCAGGCCAAAAGCAUGCUGAGGUGUUAGAUUAUAUCAGAUGGCCUCACACAUGCACAUGUAUGCAUACAAACACAGUAACGUCCAGAUCUGAGCUCAAACUGUGCGCCCCCACCUGUGGAUGGGGGUAGAAACAUGUGAUGGGCCAAACACUUUUGAGACUACUGGUACUACACUAUUGCAGAUUUAAGAUGGGGGAAGUGGGCCUUGAUGUUUGGCAGUGCCUAUGGAGUCAUUUUGCACUUUUUCUAUGUGAAUUGUUAUGUAAUUGUCCCCCCAGAAGGUACGUGCCCUCUUAAAGAUGACGUUGGAAAAAAAAUCACCAGAUUGUACUGGCAACUUAUUUUGAUUGAGACACAAGACACAUGCACAUCGCUGUAAAUUUCUGUGCUUUAAACAGUGCUAUGAGAACUGUUGUAUGACAUAUCAUUUGCCUUAAAAACUUUGUAGCAAUGCAAUUUCAAAGAUAUAUCUAUCUUUUGAAAUUACAUUUUGGAAAUUGCAGAUAAAUAUACAUAUAUGUCAGAAAACAAUGACAAUGAAGAGCAUGUUGUGUUGGCAUACCAUGACUUCUGAGACAACAACUCCUCUAAGUGAAGCUAAAACUCCCAGAGCUCCCCCUGGUGGUGUCUGCUGCCAUCAGUUCUUGUUAUUUCACGUGCUUUUAUAUUUGUUCCGUAGAAAAAGACAACUCUUAAGUGCUAAAAGUCCUGAAUAACAAAUACUUCAGUAUUAGUUGUAACACCUUUGUAUAUUUCUCCACCCAACUACCUGUCAUAAUGAGAUACCUGGGCAUGGGUAUGUUGUUAAUUGUUCAGUUUAUUAACUGUUAUUAUUUUAGUUUGUACAGUCUGUGUCGUCUUUUGUGACUUGGAAAAGUAAUUGAUGUAUUAAAACUCUAAUGAAAGACAAUUUUUUUUUUUUGUAAUUUAUUAUGUAGAAAAUAACUUGGCAAUUAAAUUUAUGAAUGGAAUCGAACCAAGUGGAAUCAAAUCAUACUGAAUCAAAUUGAAUCAAAUCAUUCUGAAAUUAAUUACACCUGAAUUGAAUUACAGCCAACAAGGUUUCAUCAGCUUCAGGACAGAGUUGGCCGACAUGGAUCUGCAACAGCCCAUGAGAUCUCCAGGAGAAAUGCACUGCAAAUGAGGAUCUGCCAGAACUCAAGAAACACUUGCAAACAAAUGCAGCCGUGGAAGCAUGCUGAAAAUUAAAAUAGUGCAGCAAAUAUUCAAACAAUACAAUGCAAGCAUGCACAAAAGAAAAUAAAAGCUGCAACUAGAUAUGACUUUUGAAUAGAAACUUUGAACAGAAGUGAAAAUAGCAUGUUUUUUUUGUAUGCAGCAGGUUUAAUUUGAACUUUACUGAAGUUAUUGAAGUUUUGUUGUGUCACAUUUCUCCUGAUAAAGACUAUUACUUCUGUUGCAGAUGUUCUGCCUUUGUCAUCCACUGUAGGUUUACACCCCUAGAAGAAACGGUGGCAGAGAAUGCAAUGAACACUAAUAUAAGAGUCAUUGACCGUGAGUGUCUGGUUUAGAUCAACUCAGAAUCUGUCCUGAGUUGAGCAGCACUUUGGUUUCACUUUUUACAACAGGAGGUGAUGGAGUAGUGCUGUGUAUUGUAAUAUACAGUCAAUGUUGCUUUCUAGUAUAUUGGUCGGGCUCAAGUGUUUAACAUUGUGAAGUAUACAGUGAGUACAUUAACCUGAGCUAAAGGAGUGGGCCCUUCUUGGCUGGUGUUAAGGAGACAGAGAAUAAUUAUCCAUGUGCUUAACUCCUAAAAUCCUUUCCUGACUCACACUUGAUCCUCUGAAUAAUCCAUUGAGACAGAACUGAGACAGUAAAGCUGGAAAGAGACUCAACUGUGUAGCUUAGAAAGCCAGUUUCUAUAUCUGUAUUUGAACAUUAUUUCAGUAUUUGGAUUCAAAAGCAGUUUUCCAGUCGACGCUGGACGGUAUGUGAAACAGUCAUCACAUUUUUUCGCCUAUAGCAGCAGCUAAAUGAAUCUUUGUCAACGUUAAUCAAUAUGCAUCACAGUUCAAUUCCAUUGGCGUAACUAUCGCAGAUAUUUGAGAUGUACGGUUCACAAGUUCAGUGCAUAAACAAACCUUACUCUUCUGAAAUGUGAUAAAAUAUUCAUGUGCAUCUAUCUACAGAGAGAGAGAUGUAUCAGACAGACCAUCUUCUCAAAAGGCCAGUCCAACUGCUAGGAACUGUAUCAUCUUCCAUCAAAGCUCACACGCAAAGCACACACACACACACACACGCUCCUCGGCAUUCAGAGCUGGAAAGGGCAGAGGCAAAGUCUAGUGCAGCCCACACAGACAUACACACAGCACAUAUGCAGUAACACAUCUGACCACACUUCAGAUCUGGAGCUAGCAGCUGCUGGUGCUGCUCUUCUUUGAAGUGAAAAUAAAAUGAAAACAACCAAGGGCCAGAGCAGACACUUAUCAUAGUAAUGAGCAGGCUUUGUAUCUCCAUGCAUGUGUUUGUUUGUGAGUGCCUGUUGUCGGACUCCAUGUGGCUUUGUGUGCACUUACAGACAAGCAUUUGUAAGACGCAGUUUACCAGCCAAGUGGUGUGCAUCAUCAGAGAGAGGAGCUGUGAUUGGUUGACAAUGAUCGGUUGCUCAUCUCGCUUCCCUCUUCAAAUUGGACUUACUGAUGAGGCUCUAUAGUGUCAUAUGAGAUUAUGUUACACACCCACACGUGGAUUGAACUCAGAUGGAUCUAGAUGAGCCCAACUCGUAUAGAUGUGGAUGCUGGUCUGACCUAUAUUUUUGAAGUGUAUAUUCAUUACACAGAGUCAGGUGAUCUGCCAGUUGGACGGCGCUGUAUUUUUCCAAGCUAUAGAGGCCCCUGCUAGAGCAGCCCUCAGAAAAUCAAUUCCAGUCAACACAUGAUAUGUGUUUGAGGCUGCAGCAGGAGCAAAGGUGACCUUUAUUGUAUGUAUAUGAGCUACAUGGCUGCUAACCUAAUUGCAGAGUAGGAAGAUAUUUGACAUGUUCUGUUAAAUAGAAAAACAAGAUUCACUGUUAAAAAAAUUUAAUCCUGUAGGUCAUUAUCAUUAAUCAGCAAAAUAAUCCAAUUUUAGCUGUCAAAUCACUACAAAUGUUAACUCACAUCAGUUAACAUUAGGACUUGACUCUAAUGUUUGUGUUAUUAUUUAAAGAAGCACAUUUGAUUCUACAGAUGUAAACACAUUCAUGGGAGAGAGAGAGAAAAAAAUUCAUUUCAAAAGGGAGAAACCUCAAGCAAGCCAAAGGUCUUUUUGGGAAGCUCUCAGCUUUGUCCUUCCUUAAACCUUAUAAUUUGGGGGAUUGCAAAACCCUCUUUUGAGACAUUUCACCAUUAGUAUCAUGGAGAACUUCCUUUUACAGGCAGUAACCUCAAGACUAGACUAUUCAGUAUAAGUAUUUAUCACAAUAACUGUGACUAUGCCAAUUGAGCACAGUUGGAAACUCUAGUUAUUUAGACAAAACUUCUUUUCACAGGCAGAAACCUCAAGUAGAGCCAGACUUAUAGAUGGGGGACAUCUGCAUUGACCCACCUUAAACCAUCUAUUCUUAGGAAUUUAAAAUAAUGAAAUAGAUCGCACCGGUAAAUCGCCACAAAGUAUGUUCGCUAAGCAGUACCCAAAUUGUGUAAAAAAAAUGUUUUUUUAUUAAGCAUAGAACUUAAGCAAAAACAUAUUCACAGGAGGAUGGUCAUCUGCCUAAACCCCAAACCACAUAUUUUUGCCCUUUUAGUUUAAUUGUACCUCACAAAAACUGUUUCAAGUAUAAAUUGACUUAAGUUCAGCAGGCAUACACAAAAUCAGUCUGAAACCUUGAUGAAAACCAGAAUCCUAGGUGGAUGACCUACCAUUGACCUACCUGUAGUAUGUAGGAAAGUUUGUAUUAAAAGUACCACACUGAUUGAGUACAGAGCAAGCAUGGACAUGUCAGAAAAAACACACAAGUUUAUCUGUAAGACUCAUUGUGCUGAUAACUCAGUUUUUGGUCAGGUUGGUACAUUUGUAGAGUCUUCUUUUGUUUUUCUGUCAAGUAUUUGCAUAGGUCAGCAUUAACACCUCUCUGAACGUUGGUUUAUCUCUCAAAUAGAUAGCCCAUGUAAUAAAGGAGAAAAAAAACAGAGUCUUUACCCCAUGUCUCUAAGGACAUGUCUUGUUUUCAUGUGUGAUGACGUGAUGGUUUGUCUUCAUGUCAACUUGUGACGUCAGUAAAAUUCGUGUGGAUCCAGCGCUUAAGCAUUAGAGAGAAUGGGAUUGAACUUGUGUUUACUUCCUGCCUUUGUGUAUUUUCCUGCCUUUGACAUUGUGUGCCACACUUGGUACCUCUCACCUUGUAGGAUUAGUCUCACCUGUCCCUGAUUAUCCCCAGUGUAUAAAGUCUCAGUCUGUCCCUGCAUCUGCCAGUUCAUUCUUCAGUUUCUGCUUGUGUGGAUCUACAUCUCUUUACACCUGCUGAGUCUAGUUCUGAAUGGGGAUACUUAAUUUCAUGGACUCAUCCAAGUAAGCCUUUUUUUUUUGGAAAUUUUUUAGGAUUAAUAAAUAUCAAGGUCUAUUUGAGUCUUCUAACUUUGUGCAAAACCUUAACUUGGAACAAUGGUUCACUUAUAAAAUCUUAGUUUUUUUUAAAUGUAUUUAUUUGUAUAUUUGUAGAGAUGAGAAAUGUUACUAGUUUGCUAAGCUGCACUAGACCACCAUCAACCACACAACUCAAAAAUGGGGUCACGUUGUCAAAGGAAAAUAGGACAGGAAUGGAUCAAAAGCUCGAGAUAGACGUCUUAAAGUGCAGAGAGAUAAAUAUUCAGCUCUUAUCUUGUCCUCCCCUGGAGAUCAGACCACGUUCCAAUGCACACAUCCCCUUCAGAAGUUUAGCUGUAACUAAGAAAGCGAGGCCAGCUGUGGUUGACCCUGGACUUGUUUUUCCUGGACUUACAUAGCUCAGGACCACAUGCCCUAUGCUGAAGUGGGCCCAACUGGGGCAUUGUUUUGCGCUACAUCACCCCGGGCUGGGUACCAGUAUCCCAGGUGGGACGGAGAGACGGGUGAGGGUGGGAGGAGUGGCUGAGGGGCAGCGAGAGAGAUGUCACUGACCACAUUAGUCAUCAGAGAAAGCAGGCCAUGAGUCAGGAAAGCUCUCAGUCUCAUCCAUCACGCCCCUCUUAACCCACUUUUCUUCCAGUUCGGCCACGCUGGCUUUUUAUUUUUCUAUUUUCUGCUAGCUCUCCAUCCCCCGGCUGCUGACAAUGUAACUUUGCCAUCCCCCUUUUUUUAUUGUGAUGAAAAGCAGGAAAGGGUGUGAAGAGUGAGGAUCAGCAUUGGACAGAUUGUAGGAUGAGGCAAAAAGGAAAUACAGAGUCGAUCUUCGUGAACACAGUAAGGAAAUGUAUAUUUUCCCCCAAAACAUACUUGACUUUUAUUAGAAAAUGCAUUCAACAGUUAAAGUAUUUUCAGUGUCACUGUGAGAGAAAGAGGAUAACACAGUGCGUCUGUCUUCACACCAGAUUCCCCACAGUGUUGUGCAGAGAGAAACCCUGUGAGCUGGUGAGACGGAGCGGUGAUAAGUGCGGAUAUUAGAGAGGUCUCACUUCUCAAAAAGACCGCUGGCUCUAAUCCUGGCCGAGGUAUUUGAUUCACUGUUGAGACAAAAACAUUGUAUUGCUUGCUCAGCGGUGGAGGGAUUAGCCUGGAAUAUGGUGGGAGCAGGGGAUGAGUGGAUGAACGUUUGAAAUGAUACUCAGCAGGACUGUGAUUUGAUGGUUAUCGUUGUGGCUUAGUGCCAGUGUUUCCUCCUUUUGAAGAACUGCUCUCGCUGCGAACCACCAACCUUAAAAGUGUGUGUUUCUCUACUCCUUUUCUGCCCUUUGAAAUUAUUUACCGUGAAGAGGAAAAUGAGGCGAAGCUUAGUGCAGCUGAUGUAUGUAAUGGACUCUUUUUCACUGCAAUUCAACAUGAGGACUUGUUAACACACAGUUUGGGGCUGAACCUCCUAAUGGCAUGGAUGAUGUAAUCUGGCUCACUGGUAAGCUUGUUGUCUUAUGUUCUGGAUUCAGAUUUUCCUCUGCAGGCCCUCUGUUUCUGUUGUCCCAGAUCUCUGCAGUGAUUUAAGGGUGUAGCAUGUUUUCUAAGUGCUAUUAGAGACCACUCAACCUAGAAGAUGUAAGAUGUAAUUAAAUGGCUCAAAUGGCUAUUUAUAAUAUGCAAAAGCCAACAAGACCAUCAGCCACAGGAUUGAUGACUUUGAUUUGGCAGGUUUUAAAGUCUGAAACUAGUAUGAGGGGGAAGUGUUGGCCAAGCAGCUGAAGAAACAUAAGAUAUUCAGGAUAGAUUAUAUAUUUGGCCAUCAAAACUCAGCAGGAUGAGAUUUUGUGUUAAAGACCCACUCCGAUGAAAAUCAAUGUGUUUUGUGUUUUUUUAUAUGUCAAUAUGGCAUUUUUUCUGAUGCUACAGGACAUAUCAUGAGAAAACUAAAUGCAAAAUUGCUUUUCUGAGUAUUUCUUCAUUCAAAUUGUUGUGAAUCUCUGGCAGACCCAAACAGCAGGUUCAGAAACAGUGAGAUUUCCUAUGUAACUAAUCCAAGCUCCGCCCCCGGAGCCCCGCUUCCCAAGCCACACUCUGCAUAUAGAGAGGAAAUACAGAGGACAAAUUAAUGAACAAGAGCGUGUGUUAGCGGUUUGCAAUGCUUGUAAGAAAGCUAAUUAUAAUAUUAGCUUUCAUCGUUUCCCUUCAGACAUUAGUGUCCAAGAGCUGAAUAGCUUCUAUGUUACCUGCUACUUCUACUACACCAGCAAUGUAAGUUGCAAGCUAGCAUAAAGAGGAGUGUGCAGAGCAAUGCUGUCUCUGCCCACGACUAAGAGGUGAAUUGCUAAUGAGCUACUGGUGCUCUGCAGAAGAAAACUCCUCGAAAAAUGACAGGUAAUGCAAUUUUUGAUAAAAACUUAAUAAUCACAAUUUGAAGACCACUGAGAACACUUUAAAAAAAGUGAUUGGAGUGUGACUUUAAAGGGCACAACUUAAGCUUAAAGAGAACAAGAUAAGCAAAGACUGCUUCGUCCACAGGAGGCGCCAAAGUUGACACAAACCAAAAGUUCCUCACGUUAGCUAUCGUGCUCAAAUUUAAAGCUCCCAACAUUGUUGUUUUAAAUUUUUUUUUAAUUAACACAUUGCUAGAAAUGUUUUUUUCGUCCAAAUUGCCUGUUUCAAAAAUUUUUUUUUUCUAAUAGUGCCAAUGAAAGUAUUCACCAGCUUCUUUGAAAUCAUUCGACUGUACUUAAUUCUUGAUUCUGAUUGGCCAAAACCUCACAACAAUACUUAAAAAUCCUAAUCAGCAUUAGAGAUGCCAGGGACACACAUUUUAUAGCAAAUCAAAAGUUAAAAAAGAGUCUGGCAUAUUUACAUUUCAAGCUUCAUGUUGAACUGAUGUUGUUGAUGCUACAUCUCAUUCUGAACCUCAGAGAAGCUAAUUCGACCCUUCAGUUGAAGCCCUGAUGUAGCAUAAACAAACCACAGCUUGGAUGCCAACGCCGAUUCAACAUGAUCCAGGCAAUUUGUGUGAAAACAUGGUGUGACGGAUUAAAUUUAUGUUUCCUGUCACGAGGUGAUGUAGAGGGAGUGACUCAAUGACUCACCUCAUUAAAGAUUUUAUUGGAUCAAAAAUCUGACUGGGCCGUUGGGCGAGGCAAAUCGAAAGCCCAUCGUGAACUCCUUUUUCUGUUCAUUUCAUGGCUAUUAGCAUUUGAUUCAGAUGUUUGUGUGCGUGUGUUUGUGUUUAUACGCCAGGCGUAAAAGCUCUGCAAAGUGUGAAAUGGGACGUUUUGUUAAUAUCCAGUGGUCCCAUGACUCUAUCUGGUCUUUCUUGCCUUUUAUUCUCUUGGUUGAAUUGAGACAAACAUUUUUUAGGCGUGCAAGAACAGAGUUUCAGUGAAGAUUUGGAUGUUUUUUCAAGUCAAUUAGCGAACACACCAGUGCUAAUACCCCUAUCAUGCAAUAUUCCGUCUCUUCCUUCAGCCGCCCCUCUGGCAAGUACAUUCAGUACAGCAUAUGUGUGUUUGCACUUCACCGGGUUUCACUGUGUGUGAUUUUGUGUGUGAUCCAUUUGGCUCCGAGUCGUCCCACACCCUGGCACUCUUUCUUCGUCUCUGUGUGUAGCUGCAAAAUCGGCCUUCUGUUUUUUCUUGCCUUAAGAGACCCCUCAUGAUCAGAGAGAAUCAUCAGCCACACGAAAAAAAUACACAAAACAUGAUACUUGGAAAAUAACGCAACAGCAGGCACCAGGCUGUCACAGACAGUAUGAUGAUCUGGGAAGUGUCCAUGGCAGCCUCAACAGGAAGUGCAUUACAGCUCCUGCCUGUCCUUGUGCACUGCCGGAGUGAUUGUUCACCAUGAUAAUGCUUUUAUUUUCAGCGAUGUGCACAACAUAAUGUAAUGAAUUUCAAGAUUAAACAAGAAUCAUGGACCUUCUUGUCAAAUUUUCGCUCCUUACACCAGAUUAUCAAACAUUCUGAUUCCUGUCUUAGGAGCUGUUGGCGCCUUAGGAAUGGAAAUACUGGUCCCCAUUUCAACCAGGAUGACCUUAAUCAGAUUACGAGUGACGCACAGAUUCCUUGAAAGACACACCGGUAGUUGGCAGGCCACCACAAGCAGCAAUUAAACCUAUAGUCAGGACAGAUAAUUGACAAAGAUCGUAACGUUAGAGCCAAAACAAACAUCGAGUAGUUCACUGCCAAAUCGAUGCUGUUCUUUUUUUGGUAAUUCAGCUAUGAAUCAGCUUAGCUCACCCUCUGCUGUCCCACAUGGAAAAUUAGGCUUGUAGCAGCCAAGCUAAAAACUUGGCAAGACGCAUCAAAACAGACUCAUUGAGCAGCAAACACAAAGAACAUCAAUUAAUAUGAAACGACGAGCAAAUUCAUGAAUAAAACAAUCAAAAGAAACUAUUUAAAGCUCAUUCUACCUCAGUGAUGUUGUGGUACUCACCUUCUUUUACAGUGUUUGUGUCCCAACAAGACACUUAGACCUAUAAUCUAUCUGUACAAUCUGCUUUACUGCUAAUUCUUAAUUGAGUGACCAGCAGUGUCAGUGUUGCCUCUGUGCUGGAGAGCAGCUUAAAACAGACCAUUAACCCAUCACUGAGCCAGAUCUAAUCACCAGGUUGUGACAUUUGUGUUGAGGGGAGAAACAAAGGCAGAGGGCUCAUUUUUUAUGCUUAGCCUCAUCUUAUCUGUUCGUGCUGACUGCAGACUGUCAUGCUGAGUUAAAACGCAGCUCAAGUUAUGUUUUUUGUCUUCUAUGCUGUAGCACGGCUGGGCAGCUGGUGUUUUAUCAGACCAGGAAAACAACUUCUUUUCUUCUUUUUCUUUUUUUUUCCUUUACCACAAAAUAUACUUCUGCUUUCUUAUUUUUUCUAGUUCAAAGUCUUCUUGAAUAGUGAUGUUUCCCUGAUGUAAAAAAACAAAUGAGACCAUCAAUUACAAGAAUUUCUGUGUUAUAAUUUUCGGAUUCUGCUGUGAGGGGGGUUGAUAUGCUGAAGGAAUAGCCUUUAUUACUUCAACUAUUCAUGGUAAGUGAUAAAUUUUACCAUCAAAAGACACAAGGAGGAGAUUUUUUUUAUCAGCAACAAUCAACAACAAAACAAGGCUCACCAUUUUGUCCACAGGGGGCGCUAAAGUCAACACAAAGUUCCUCAGAGCAGUUUUAAUGUGGAAAAAAAUAUCAUAGCAGUGACGAGUUCUGAAUUUAUUGAAAUGAAUUUAUGAAAUAUUUUUAAAAAUACUUUUAUUGCUUUCUUACAUAAAGUUACACAAAAGGGCCUCUCUUCUCACUGUGUCAAAUGUGAAGUUUUGCACAAGUCUUAACAGUGGAAAAAGCUUAGAUAACUUGGAGUUGGAGAAAAAGGCCUACAAAGGUACUUUUUUAUUGUAACUUUGGUUCAGAAGUUACAGCAAACACAUCCCUUGUAGGAAUGUAGAUGCUGCUGCUGCUGCUGAUGAUGAUAAUCGGUUAAUUUGUGACUUCCCUGGCGACACAGGGGUAAAUGGGGCGUCAAAGUCCAGCAAAAGAAGAUGACUCAGAUUACAUACAGCAGUGUAUAAUAAGUGCUGGGUGGAGACAGGUGUUGUUGAGGUGGGGAGGAGGAGCUGAUGGCCACCACCAGGCAGGGCGAAUUGGGACGACUUGCUGACAGGAGGAGAAAUAAAUGAGCGCUGAGAUGAGAAGUGAGAGCGCAGAGACAUAUGGCAGGGGAGCUGUCUGGCACCAAGAUGAAGAUAGAUUGGCUCCAGGUGAACCUUUAGGUUCAACCGAACACAGUGUGAGGACCGGUACAUGGUGGCAUCUCCAACGACAAAUAUUAAUGAGUGAAAGAUGUGUGGGGUGACUUUGAAUAUUUCUCUAGCUCAGUUGUGUUUCAUAUUAUGUAGCCUUAUGAGUUUGAAUUUAGGAGCCACAUUUUAUUUAUUUAUUUUACAUUGAAAAGACCUUAAAAGUGAGUCCCAGUUAAAAUGUAUUUUGUUCUAAACUGUUAUGGCUUUAUUUAUAAGCUAUAGACUUGAAGCAGCAUAAGGACAGAUACCCUUUAAAGAAUUUAAAUCGAUGACCUUCAAAAGCAACUUUCAAACAGAAGUAGUUUGAUGAGGUGAUUGUCCAACAUAACGCAGCGCUUUAUUUUCAGAGAGAAAACCCCAAUGUGUCAAAGAAAUACCUGAAAUGACCACAACUAUUGAUAGCACAUUAUAUUAUGGGGCUUAUGCUAUGUUAGCAUCGCUGAUGGAACCGUGGAAAAACUGUAUUAUAUGCAAAGUAAAAAUAAACUGAAAGGUGUCAGUUUGUGGUCGCAUUAACUCAAUUAGUAUUUUGGUGUAUGUAACCUGAACUAACUAGUUACAUUUAAGUUGCAUUGAAAAAUUGACUAACAUAACAUAAUGUAAUGUAACAUUAUGUAAAGUUCUAUUUUUGCAGGAUUAUCACAAGCUUUGCUGUUUGCCAUGUUCAAGUGGUUUAAUGCCACUGAAAGCAGACACAGCACACAUACAACUUCAUCUCAGUGUUCUGGGUAAACAUUCUGCCAAACUGUGUUGCAGCACUUUGGGUGAUAUUCAGUUGUAAAGGACACCAACUUACAAACCUUAGAAUAUGACAACAGCCCUUUUUACAUACUGUCCAUGUAAUGUAUAGUACAGGUUGUGGUCUUUUUGUACCUGUUUGACACCAAGAUGCUGUAAACCAACCUUACCAGUGCAGGGGGAAGCAUAUAAUAGUAUAUGUUAUAUAGCACACUAAAACUCACCAUGUUUCACUCUGGAGCAUGCCAGAAACAGACAGCCACACACACACACACACACACACACUUGCAGCCUGAAGAUCUCAUCAUUAGGAGGAAAGCAGGAUCGGUGCAUGUCUCAGCCAUUGUCACCAUCAGUGUCAUACUCCUUGUCUUCCUCUCACCCCAUUAUUCUUCACAGAUCAGGCCCCAGUUUUUUCCAGCAGUGUCCCUCUCUGUGUCCGUUCAUAAUGAAGCAUCCUCUCCUCCCACGUUCCUCUCCCUGUCCUUCGUCUUCCCUCACUUGUUCUUGUCAGUCCUUGUGGCUCUCCGACAACAGAAUAAUUCUGUUUAUCUCCCGUCUCUCAACAGCCUUCUCGAUCCCUCCCCUAUCCUCAUUUUCCGCCGCUCUGCUCGCUGUGUGUUCAAAGUAGAGAGGCCCCCCUAGAGAGCACCACACAGAAGAGUGUGUAUGAGCUGGAAUAGAUGAGAGUGGUUGAGGAGGAAAGAGAGGGAAGAAGAAGACAGAUGGGUAGAAAUUAAGGGCAUACAGACUCACCUGAAUUUCAGAGUUUUUUAUUCGCCUCUCUGUUCUUGUUUCUUUUCUCUCAGUACCCUUUUACUUUCAUAACAAAUGUCACAGCAACAGUUCUGGAUAAACCACGUAGUCCUCUACCUCCUUCCUGCAUGCCUGUUACUGAGUUUCAUCAGAAAAUGCCAGAGCCUGCCCUUCUGUACAUCAGGUCAUUUCUCCCCAGUAUCACCUGCUUUCGUUAUUGUUGUAACGCUGAAGAAAAAGUGCCGUUCAGCUCAGCAGCAUCUUUCAGGUUAAGGCAAGCAUGGCGGUGAUGAUGAUGAUUUGCAGAGACGCGAGAAGCACAGGGACUUUACAUUUGAAUGUUCAUAUUCAAAGACGUAUUGAGGCCACUGUGCUGUUCACUAUACUAAGCAUGUAUUAUGGAUGAUGGGAACGAGUGUUUAAGAUGCAUGAAAAGUUUGUGCUUCAGUGGUAUGUUCCUGUUGUCUUUUCAUCAUGCUAUAGGAGCACGGCUCAGGAGAUGGCAGCGAUUGGUUGAUCUUCCAGAGUGAAAUUUCUCAAAGGCAAUUUAACAUUUAAAUGUUUUGCUGUAAAAUAUACAGGAGUGUAUUGUUCGGCUAACAGUAUUUCAAACAAUCGAUUUUGCGCAAACAUCACACAUGACAUGAAAAUGUUCAGAUGCAUUUGAAUUUUGCAAUCUUAUCACAGAUAAUCUGGCCAAGACUUCCUUUUCUGUGCUUUGCAAGUGUAGGGCCCAGCAUUAACACUCUGUAACAUCUCGCCUUCAUGAUGGAUGUAACAGAGGCAUGAUGAUGUGCCGGCAUAGGAGGAAACACGUAGAGAAGUAGAGAUGAAAUUACUGCGAGCCAGUGGGGCAGCUUUGUUGUGCAGCUUUUGUAGACUUGCAGAGGCUGAUAUUUACAGUCUGACUCAACUUUAAUAUGAACAGAGUUGCUUUUGAGAUAAUAGAGAGGAUUAUUAGCUGUAAUUUUAAGAUAUAUUAGAGUAGUUACAAUUUUGUUGUGCAUGUACAAUGACAGUAAAGAUAUUCUAUUCUGAAAAAAAGCUCUUUCAAUGGCCUCCAUGGCACUUUAGAGGUUGUGUUUCUCACUUUUUACUCUCCACAUGGAAUGUUUCUAUGUGUACAAUCAAAGCCCAUUGAAGCAAGUGAAUCAUACAAUCAAACUGAGGCUAGAACACAUCUGAAAUCUGUUCCUGUGCUAACAGGGUCAGGAACGUCAUGCUGCUGUGUCUUUACAAAUUGUACUGUAAGAAGAUCUUUUAGUACUUUUGCAGGACCAAAAACUUCUACACAACUAACAACAAUCCUCAGAUAUUUUAGCAAACUUUAGCACCACCAACUGCUAUGGUAUAUCCAUAUAUAUAAACACUGAACAACCGCAGCACUACAGAAUAGCUGUAAUCACUUCACAUGGUGCAUAAUUGAAGAUUUUUGAGCAUGAUCUUAUUUUCUUUAAAACCUGCUCAGUGGUGAAGUGAUGACAGCUCAACUCAUUUCCACAUUGGAUCAGUCAGUCAAGUCGCAGGACCACACACCCAACCUUUCAAGAGUUGUGAUUACAAGAACUUUGGAUCUCAGGGAAACUAUUUCCAUCAGCUGAUUCCAAUUGGGUAUUCUAUAUUUUGCACCAAAUAAGGGCAAGAGAAAAAAAUAUGGACAGAAUCUUGGCCAAGGGAAAGACUAAAAAAACAUUGUUUUUACAUUUUGUGACUGUGGUUGACUUGGAAAUAAGGUUUCUUUUGCUCUCUGCUCAGCUGCUUUUAUUUUUAUAACUCCAGAGUUGAAAUAAUGGAGACGACUUAGGAGAUCCAUAAGGCAUCAUCAUGUCUAUAAACCAGAUGAAUAACAACAUUAUUUGGUCAGAUAAUCUGUAAAUGAGACAAUGUAUGUGAUUGUGGAGGUAAAUUUUCCCAAAACUUGGCAACUUUUUCCUCUGCAGGGCCCCUUGACUUGGGUUUCACAUUCAUAUAAUCCAUUGUGUGUUAAUGUGUGAGAGUUGGACUCUGCAUCAGCUAAUUUUGCUGUGUGAUUAUGAGUUGGGUUCAAAGACAGAAAAAGACUGCAUUGCUGUUUUUUCUGGGUACAAAAAAAAGUGAGAAGAAAAGAAAGCAUACAGCAGGGGCUGUAAUAAUUAACCAAGAGAGAAAGCAGGUGGAAAAAGAAGUUUUAUGAGAGUGUUCAAAAGAAGAAAGAGAAAUAUUCAAAAGAGUAUGAAAGCAGGAUGCCGGCCACAGAGCAACUACAUAUUUUAUGCGCCCUCUGGCUGUCGGUUUAGCCUCAGUAUAAUCACUCUGAAACUAGGAGAGAGGACAAGAAAGGCAGAAGAAGACAGAGAUGUUGAGUGCUGAAAGUUUUAUCGAUGGAGUAUGUUUGGAUGUGUCACAUUGGGCAGAGCAUAGGGGCAAAUAAAGACUGUAUGAAAGGGCGAAUGAGAGGGCAGGUCCCUAAACUGAAGCCAAAAUAUUCAGGAUGUUACAGUUUUAGCUUGAUUAGGCGAUGUAACCAGACUUCUGUCUUUGUCCCAGUCUACAAGCACCAGCAAAAAUCCAUUUGUUGACCAAGUUACCUUGUCUGUAAUAAACAUAUUACGAAGUCUUUAAAGUUUUGCAUAAGUUUUUUGCACAAACACAAAAUGGUUAUCCCUCCCCCCAGGAUUUGGCCAACCUGUCAUAACUUGAGCUGUGUGAGUGUAUUAUCUGUCACUGCUUAAGGUCAAACACAGAGCCGUACUCCAUAGAAAACACACAAGACAAAUACCAGCUGACAGGGUCACCCCUCAACAGCAGGCCAGCCCUGACAUUUGAGUCUGUGUGUGUGUGUGUGUAUCUGGAGAUGUUUCUUAACUCACUUGAACAGUCUGCUGCCAUCUGCACUGUCCUCAUCUGCUGACCUUUGUGUUCUUUGUUUUCUCAGUUUGCAACAACGAUUCAAGCUAAAAUAAGAUUUUUCAGAGCUUUCACUUUCCGUCCGUCUUUGUGUGGGUUAGGGUGUCAUUUCUGCCGAGUCGGCAAUAAGUAGGGGGUUUAAUUGAAAACCAAACUGUGGUUGAAAUUUAAACUAGCUGUCCUCCAGCCUCGGGGAGCUGCAGCAGCUGUAAGACGAGCUAUAAUUCUGCUUUUCAUGAGACAUACUGAACAACCUGAUGUCCUUUUUAUUUGAGCUCUUCUCCUCCUCCCACCUUGAAUCUCUCUUCUCUAUUUUCACCCUCACCGUAUCUCCUCUUUCAUCUUCCUCCCUCAGCCCUGCUCCAACUUUACGGCCCUCCCCCCUAGCCCAUCGGCCCCUCCAGUCCAGCAGGACCAUGAUGCUCAGCAGCUCCGUGGAGGUGCCCAGCCCGGGAGGGUUAAGCGGCCUAAGUAGUCUGAGCGCGGCCGCUCGGAACGUGGUGCGCUCAUCCAGCAUCUCGGGGGCCAUGUACAGCUUGGAGAAGAGUCCAGGCAGUGGGGGCCCAGACUCCUCGUCACUGACUGGCAACAAGAAGCGGCGCUCCAGUCUGGGAGCCAAGAUGGUCGCCAUUGUGGGAUUGUCUCAGUGGAGCAAGAGCACUCAGCAGCUCAACCAGCAAGGUGAGUCCACACUUAAAGGUGUUCAUGACAUGGAUAGUAAAGUGAUUUGUAACUUCUCAGAAAGUGACCAUUUGAACGACAUAUUUUUUCACAUAUUUGUAUGAGUCUGCCCCUAGUGGACACCUGUAGAACUGCUUUUGUAAAUUUCUGUAUUUUCUUCAUCAACAAAUAUAGGGUGUUGCUGCUUUUUCACCACACUUAGUGCCAAAUUCACUGUUGAUGUGUAGGGAGCUUGGGAGUUGCUAUUGAAAACAGUGGGAUGUCAGUUAAUGCCUGAUCCAUCAUGUAAAACAGCCCUAAAACUUGGUCUUCACGGCAAAACUGGAUUUUGUAAAAGCCAGAUGAGACUUAUGGGACGCUCACACCAAGCGUGAGUAAAAUCAUCUACUCGCUUAAUUCACGCAAAUCUAGAUGUGUGAAUGAAUUGUUUUUACUCACUUCAUUCGUGCGUCAACUGUAAUUUCAACGGUAUCCCUGCCAAUUCAACCGGUGGGAUCAAGUGAUAGACGAAGCUUUUUUAACAAGUUACCAGGUAAUCUGCCCUCUUCACUCCCUUGCCUCCAGGCGAGCUCUUGUUUAUUUCAGUUUCGGUAAUUGAAAGAAAAGAUAUCAUAUGAUUCAGGGCGCACACACGACACGAUCAGUUUGUCCUCCAUUUUAGAUAUUAGUAGACAAAAGGGUUUUCAUAUGUCACCUGGCAACAUUUGUGCUGAUUAGUUAUAGUGAUGCGAAUAUCCACUCAGGUUGAGAUAUUUCCAGCUCACGCCCAUUUGCGCCGCCAGAGUAGUACGAGCGUCAAAUUGGGUCUUUGUAUUGACUUAACAUGUAAUUCAUUCACGUGAAUAAUUCUACUCGCGCUUGGUGUGUUUUGAGACAGAACUCUCAACUUCCUCCAUUUUUACUAUUCCUGAUUAAGUUCUCAAAGGCUAUGGGAACACUAACAGACGAUUUUAUUUGGGAGUAUUCACCAUCACAUUAGCGGAGACCACUCUGGAGUGUAUUUUGUAGUACACUGCUGGGUUAUAAUACCUGUAAUUUCUUAUUCGACAAGCUCUCCCUGGAUUUACCUUUUGUUGUAUUAUUGUAAUGAGCUGUUUUUGAAAGCUUUUAAUGUCAUUGGGAGCAUUGUUAUGUGUUGAACUCAGAAGUGGGGAGUGAAGUGCAGCAGAAGGAGCUUGAAUGCAUGGUGCCUGUAUGUCAAUGAUAGCAGUACCACGUCUCUGUGUGUGUGUGUGUCCUGUGGGUUGUAAUUACAGAUAUCAUGCAGCUGCAACAAAAGUGCUUCUCAGUUUGUGCUCGUUUUUGAACACACAAUCACACACAAUCACAUGCACACUCACACACACUCCUGGAGGGAAAAAGGGAAAACAUGUCACACACUGUUGAAAGGCCAGGAGGGGCAGAGGUGCAGCUUAUUUUAAUGCAGUUAUAUUUUCUGUCAUUCCUCCACAUCCUUUUAGCACACUCCGUUUUCCUUCCAGCACAUCGAACUGUAACCUUUUCAGAGCCGUGUCUGCUCACAUCUUUCUGCUUAGCUUCUCAUUUUCAAUUUGUACUGUAUUGUUCUGUAAGAACAUUCUGUUUUAAUUCAGGACAUGCAGAUUUUUGCUCUCUGCUUUGUCUCACAGGCAGGGGUUUUCAAGGAUACCUUGAGUUUGUGUCCACAUAGAUGACACAUUUUUUUAUUUCCCUGGUCUGAAGUAUUUUCUUUUACAAAGUGAGGCCAGUAAUCACUUAAUUGUAAAGCAGAAAUGUCUUUGCUCCAGCUUUUCAUACAUAAACAUUCACAUUCAAUCAGACAAAGCCGUCCUCAGUGUAAAGUAAUUAUUGGAAAUAUCAGCGGUACAACACAAAUCACAGCAAUACAUGAAUGACAAAUCAAAACCAACAUGAAGAAGAGGCCGGACUUCUGAUGUCAACUUUGUCAACAACAAUAGAGGAGGUUUGUAUGAAGGAGAAACUAACCACACCUAUUAUUAAAGGGUUAAAGUUUGAGGUCUGGAGCUGCUGCUAAUGCUACAACAUAAUUUUAUCAACUGUUUUUACACGGUCUCUGUAAACUUCCACUUAAUAAGGGAAACCUGAAGCAUCUGUUAAUUAAUUUAAAAAAUAAUUCGUUCUUCUGGAAGAAAGCUGUGGAAAUGCCAUGAGACACUCUUUGUAACCUAGCAACAGUAAGAGCUGGUGAGAAACGCUCCAAAACUGAGGUCACGGGUGCUACCAGUGAAAAAAAACACCUCAGGUGGACAUAGUCCUUCAUUAUAAGAGUCAAAUGGAGAAAAAGAGAUCUUUUAUUUUUAUCUCGCAAAAUAUGAUUUUCUGCACUUAUUCGUCACCUUUACGUUAAAAUAAGUUAUUUUCAGGAAGGCAGCAUGUAUGUUAAUGAAUCACUCUGAAGCAAUUUGCUGAACUUUACACUGAUUUGAAUCUCCUUAGGGGAACUUUUGGUUCCCCUUUGGACAAAGCAGUCUUUAUUAAAUCAGAGAAAAUCUAAUACCUCUGACUUUUGGAAUUUCUCUUCAGGGAUAAAAUAGUUAUUCUUAUUCUUAUUUUAACAGUCAGAUGUUUGAUCUAUUUUGGAUAUUCAUGUGGAAAACUAAAAUACUUACUUCAGCUGCUUGGCUAAGGCCUUUCCCCUAAAUUAAUCUUAUUGUUUAUAGUUUUGUUUGCUUUUAGAUGUCACGAGAAGGCUUCAGCAUGAACUUCAAUUUAUUUCAUAAAUGUCAAAAAACUCCCCAUUGGUGCUUUACCUUUAGGGGAUCAGAGUUAUUUGUUUUGUCUCAUUCAUGAUGCAACUUUCUAGCUCAUAUUCGCAAAAGUUAAGUAAUUGAAAAUCAAUAUUUAAUGACAAAAAUAGACAAUGACAAAAGUAGAUACAAAUUACAAAGUGAAGAGCUUUUAUUUACAUGUACAUGUUUUUUCAACAAUUUAAGUUGCACAGUACACAUACAAAAAUGUCUUAAGGAAAUUGAUGAUUGAGAUGAGGGGUGUCUGAAACCUGAGUGAUCAAUUCCAAUGCCCCAUAUAGGCGACUCAAAAUUUCCCAUAGAGCACUGCUAAAUGUAGUGACCAUCUGAUGGUCACUCACCGGUGGUGGGCAUCCCGUCAUGCAUUGCGUCUUGCCAUGUAGUGUCCGAAAACUCCGGUGAUUGAGUUCACUACAUAGUCAGCUAUAAAGUGAAACCCCAUAUGGGGGUUAGGGAUUAGGGAUUGAGUGAUUCAUUUCGGACACAGCCCGUUUCCCCUCACCUACUCAGUGUUUUAUUCUUUAGAUCUGUUUUUAGUGCUUCCUGUUUUAUUUUGUAGUAGUUCAUCCUUGUGUGUCUUGUCUUAUUUUACUUCCUUAGUUUUCCCUCCUUCGUUAAUCACCCAUGAGUUUCACCUGUGUCUCGUUUACCUCACCUGUUACUCGUCAUCCAUUGUGUAUAUAGCCCCUGUCUUCCUCUCUGUCCUUGCUGGUUCAUUGUGUGUGUGUGUGUGUGUCCUUGUUGGUGGUGCAUUUUGUUGGAUUUUGCCAUGGAUUUUUUAGUUGGGCAUUUGAAGAAAGUUUUUGUUGAUUUUUUUUUCAUGAACUUCUUUUUAAUUAAAUCCUUUGUUCUGCAUUUGGGUCCUUUUCUUUUGUUUAACCCUGGCUUCAUGACAAGGAUAUGGCUUCAAAAAGUUUAAACUCUUAUUCUUCUCCUGUUGCUAAGACAUAACUUCACCAGUUCUCAAGAAAAUCACAGCAAAUGACACAAGAAGAUAUUCAAACACAGGAGCAUUUACCUUAAACGUGUUCGAGUGACAGCUCUGACAUGGUAAAACAUGGUAAAACAAGUCAGACAUGAACGCGCCAACAUCCUGGAUAAUUGUGUUACAGUGUUACCUGUUUUUUGUGCACAUGAGCUUAAGCAGGCUGUUGCUUCAGUCGUCAAUAUGAACACACACACACACACACACACACAAUGAGCCCAGUGCAUUCAUGCACAGCUGACACUUGUCUGACGCAGGGAGAGCUGUCGAUAUUUUCACCACAGGGGCUUUCAUGUCUCUGUGUUGGUGCUGAUGAGGAGAGCACAAUGCAGGGGAAAGUGUGGCUGAGGAAGAGAUGAGGAGGGGCUGACGAUGUGGAGAAGAGGAAGGGGAGAUGUGGGGUGUGUCUAAAUUUAGAUGUUCUCAGCUGCCAGAGCGCAUCAAGCCCGAAACACAGUAUCAUGAACCACUCCCUCCACCGCAAUCGAUACUGUAGUUUACCUGCAGGAUAGUCUUCUGACUGUGUCUGUCACAGCAGAACUUUUCUGAACAUACCUCUGACAGCUUGAGAAUGAGAGAGACCUGCCAGAAAUGACUGGUACACAUAACACUCCUCAGGAUUUUCUGUUCUUUUGAUACAUCUGGUGCUCAUUGUGCUUAGGAUCACAUGCAUCUUAAAGCUCUGUAAGGAGUCUUCAGCUGUUUGAAAACAGGCAAAAAUGGAUUGUGAUGCUUCUUUACGAGCUACAAAAUCAAACCAGGACUUCGGCGUAGAUUUCGACUAUUUCUCUAAAGUUGUCUGUAAUGCCUGAAACUGCAGGCAGGGGUUAGGUGCCAUUUGCAUGCUUCUGAACAGCCCUUUUUCCCCACAUUUUCUGAAAGAUUUCCACUAAGUUGUUGUCUGUUAAACAAAGUUUAAAAUUGGAAAAAUUAUGAUAAAACUAACCACAGGGGGUGCCAAAAUCAACACAAAUAUAGAGUCCCUUACAGGAGCUUUAAUUUUCUGAGUAUUGUAGAUCUUGUACGAUGCCUCAGGGUGUAGUUUUAUUGUACUGUUAAACUGAAACUAUAAGUAAGGCCACAGUACUUAUUUCAAAAUUAUGGUGUUAGCCCGGACAAAAAGCUAUUAAGUCUUAAGUUUCCUUUAAAAUACUCAUUUUGGUAAUAAAAGGCAGUGAGUCCUUGAGUUUUGCUGCAUAAAUUAAGAGAGAAGUAUCUGGCUGAUCCUAGUGUUGGUAACAGGAACAAUUACGAGGGAAGCAUUCAAAGACUUAAUUUAUCUGGCUGACUUCGAAUGAGAGAAGAUCUGUGAUUUAUCACUUUGAAAACCUGUAAAAGAGCCUAAAAUUAAUCCGUAAAGAAACAGGUAGGCAGUGCAGUGAGUUUAGAGAAGUGAAGUUAUGUGAUCCAUUUUCUCAUGUAACACCAGAAAUGCUGUAUUCAAGAUGAAAAGCUCUUUUGUGGUCUUAAAAAGAUGGUCUCAGUAGAUUUUCAGAUCUGACAAGCUUUUAGAAAUCACCAAGAACAAAAUAUUUAACCAAAAGAAAAGUGGUGUCCUUUGUUUUUUGGCACCUUUAUUCCUCCAUUAACAUUUUACUUUUGGCUUUUGGGAGACUUUGCUAACUCCCAGUUAGAGGCAGGUACAAUGGACAGGAGAGCAAACCAUUAUAUCAUUAAGUUAAAAUGAGAUGAUAAGAUGGACUAAGAGGCCAGUACAGUAGGAGUCAGGUCAGCAGUGUUUUAUUUUAAACUGCUACACUUUAAGAAAAUGUACAGAUUUCUUAAAAAAUGCCUCAAAAAAAGUCAGCUAACAUUAUGUCGCCGUACUUUGAUGGAUUUCCUCAUAGCAUCUUCAAAUCCCAAUCUUGGAAAUAUACGCCCACUGACUUGUUGACCCAGUUUGGCCAAAAUAGCAUCUCUAAUCUGUUGUUUUCUCUCCAUAAUUUGCACCAGCUCCGACAUAAUUAGCACUUUGACCCGAUCAGACAGAGGGUCAAACUGUCGGACGAAAACAGCGACAGUCAGACAUUGUUCUUCGCUCAGCCGACUUUGAUUAGGGUCUUCUCUGCUCCUUCAUGGUGGUCAUUAAAGGCCCGCUGUGGUCAGCUGUCACCGCUCCAUGUUCUCUGUGACACAUACAUCGUUUGGCUGAUGCGGGUGGGUCAGGCUUAGUGCAGAGCCCCCCGCUUUGCUCAGUUGGUUACCUAACAGGCCGUAGGCUGCAGGUCAAAGUGGUUCAGAGAGAAGGCUCAUUUUGAUACCUCGGUUGCAGAAACAGGAAAUAAAACUGUUUAAUUUCUUUAGUUUUUACUGUGUGUAACAAGACCCAUGAUAACUGAGUGCUUAAAAUGAAAAUUACUCGGCUGAUAGAGACCCCAAGAUAAAGAGAAGAGGACAAAGUGAAUGGAGUCAGUGUAAGAAUAAGUCAGUGUCUCACCAUUAAAGCACUAUUAAGGGGUAAUAUCAUUAUGCUGUUGUUAUUGUGUCAGAGUUUCUGCAGGGGAUGUUCCAACUGUGCUCUUUUUUUGCGAAUUGGAUCCAGUCAAUUCAGCAGAAUCUGUCCCUGUGAGCUCUUAUGCAAGCAGCGAGGUGUUGCUGUAGACAAGACCGAGGUGUUGUUUUUAGAUAUCUUCCAAAGUAAAUUUCCAAAAUGUUAGAAAUGAAAGGGUUCAUUUUCUUGGAGACAGAGGUGUUAUUAAAGUGUUUUUUUCUUCAACCUAGGUUUUUUGUUGGUUAUUAAACAUCUACAGCAUUGACCCAAUUACCAUCCGAUGAUUAGGCAGCAUUUACCAUCUAAUCCUAAGUUUUAGGGCAAAGAUAUCAUGUGGAGAUUCAUCUGAAAAGGUCAGUGAUGCACCUGGAAAAAAUAAAUCUCAUUGUUUUUAGAGUUUAUAAGGAACCAAAUGAGCACAGUAAAAGCAAUAAUUGAUACCUCCUGAUGCAAAAUGUAAAACAGAAAAAGGUCUUGUGAACCUAAAAUAGGUUAAAAAAAAAAAGUUCUUUAUUCAUUUCCAAACUGUGGCUGUAUCUAGAUUAUCUGAAAAUUACUUGGGGUUAACAUUUAUUUCAUGGCAGCUUUGGCUGUUUGAUUCUGGCAAAGAUUAUAAUCACAAGUAUUUAGAUUUUCACAGUUAUAGAAAACAAGUACCCAUGAUUUGACAUUUUUAUCAGAUACAUUUACACAACUUUAAACCUCUUAAUUCUUUGAAAAUAUAGUAUGUAAUAAAAGCUGCUUGGAUUACUCUUUUGUUUGCUAAUGCAUGUCUGUCCAACUGGAGGAUAUAUAUUUUUAUAGUGCCAUAUGUACUACUUCUGUCAAAGUCAUCAAUUCUUCAAUGUUUAUGACAUAACUGGGGCAACACAGCAGGCAGCACAAUGUCAUUUAGUCAUGAUUAUCACAUUUUUAUGAUCUCCACCUCCGUAUGUAAUUACAAUUAAAACUGAUAUCUGAUUAACUGUCUAACUCAACUGUCAUUGUUUGGCUUUGUUAUGCCGCUACAGAGACGUACGGGUUUAUGACAUAGACUCAUCAAUAAUACACCAUUACUGCUCUUGUUUGCAGCCUUGGUUUGGAAAACUGAUUGAAGAAAAGUCUCCGUAACUUCAGAGGGCAGCUUUCAGCUCUAUUGAUUAAAAAAUAACGAAGCUCGUAACAACCUUAUCAAAAUAUUGACCCCAUUUGACGACUCUAACUAUGCCCACCACGAAAAGGUCACCAUUCACACAGAAGCAGCACACUUCUGGUUGCCUUACGACAAGGACACUUUUGCAGCCCUGUCAACAGUUUUACACAGCAGCUGAGACCUCAGACAGUUUUAGUGUUGAUGGAUGAUUUUAAUUGUGCCCUUUGGUGUUUCACAGCAAAAAAGGGAAGAUUUAGGGAGUUAUCAGGUUUAUUUAAUGCCAACAACCCACUAUAAACACACCAAAAGGUUGUUUUUUAUUAUUCUGUACACAACUACAAUAUAUAUGUAUAGUCCCUGUAUAAUAUCCUGUCAAUGCUCAAGUUUGAUGGUGUUGUAUGGGUCAGUUUAUGUAGACUACAUUGAUAUAGAUUUGUCUCUGGAAACAGAAGCUAUUCUUGGUAUUUUCAGUGAAGCCAGCUGUAUGUGCAACCUCCAGCUUAAGAUUUCUUCCUCAAUGUGCAGUAUUGUGUGACCGGAUAGACAGCAAAGUGGAGUUUUCGAUAUAUCUGCAGAUGACACCAUCAUUUUUUUGUAUGAUACUUUCCAAGGAGUGGCUCUCACUUGUCUGUCUGUGGUGGGUCUUAGUUUCACUGUAAACCUUUGCUCAAAUAUUGUUCUGCUCUGAACACAGCACUUGAUCCAACCACGUCACCAUCACUAUCUGCAGGGAGUCCCACCAGAGAGGGAAAAAAAUGUAAUGUUCACUUUUGAUUGAUGACACUUCAUUGUUAAAUGAAUGUUGUCAUCCCUUAAUUUUGAAAUGUAUCUAUCUUGUGUUAAGAUUGCUUCAUUUCCUGCAUUGUCAAACUAUGUUUUUAUUUUGAAGUAAACUACAUCAGGUAGAUCGUAAGUUAGAGAACUAAAUAAAAACAUUAAAAGAAGAGAUAAAGUGUAAAUGUUCAGUUGAUUAGUAACUUAGAAAGGCACAAGUUAUCAUCAAUUAUGGUUUAUUUUAACAGCCCUUACAUAGAUAGAAACCGGGGUUGUAUUCUGCCUGCUUUUACUCUCCAUAGAGGCUGUUUUUCUUGCAUACUAAAGCUGCGUUUGGUCUGUAGGACUUGGACUUCCAUCAUACUACAUAUAGAAAAGAGAGUAAUUUUGGUUUUAUAAUCCAGACCCUGAUAGUGCAGAGAGUGAAUUUUUGUGUAAGGUUUAUAAAUAGAGGUUUUAUGAUAGUGUAAGAGUGCAGACAAGGAGGUAGAUCAACAAAUCUUAUAGUUGUUAAAUAAAAAGAGAAUUUUGGAGAUAAGGCCAAAUCCAGGAUGUUUCAUGUAUACACGGAUCAGUUGUAGUUAUAUAAGGUUUGCUGUCACAUUUAGCUCCUUUGGCACUAUUUUCAUGCACUACUACAGAUUUAGUGCAUGAUAUUCAUCCGUGAUGUAUCACAGCUUCCCUCAUUCAUAGCCCGGACGCCCACCGUGUUGUUGUCUCAUUAUUCUCGGUUUUGUAACAAGCCAGUGUUGAGGACAGCCUUUUGGUUGUGUCUGUGUUAUAUAUAUUACCUGCUAUUAUUAGCAUCAGUGAGGAAAGCGCAUGCAUAUACACACACACAUGCACACACACAUACACACACAAAUAUGCUUUCCCAGGUUUAAUGGAUGAGUCACUUCUCCGCUGAACACCCUCUCAUCUCCUGAGCAGGUUUAUCCAUGACUGUGAAAACGGAGCCAACAGAGCAUCUCCCAGUACACUGCCAGUUUACACGGAGGGACGCGGCUUGCAGAGAAACAAGCGCCCCCCCGCUGAGAUGCAUUGCACGGGGAGGGUUUGAUUAAAGGAAACCAGGCAUUAGUGCUUGUCUCUUUGUGAAUGUUUUUGGUUUGUGUCCCAAUAAAGUGUUAUUCAACCUGAGCCCCCUCCAGCAUAUAUUCCACUGUAAAGGUCUGCUUUGCUGGCAUACAUUAACACUCAAUCACCUCACUUGUCCCUGCUGCAUUUAGGUAUCUCGCAACCCACUCAACACUCAUCUAUGUCGUUUCCCACCUCAAGUUUUUCCCCCUUUCUUUAAAUACUCUUCUUUUCGCUGCGUGUUUAUUUCUGCUGCUGUAGAUGCAGCUGGAAGUGUACCAGAGAUGCAGAAAAGAAACAGACUGAGUGAAAGGUUUUUCACGACAUGAGCGUGCUCAUUAGUGUGUUAGUUUGCAUCAUAAAUCCCAACCUUGUUCGAAGACCACUUACAAGCACAUUUUUAUGUGUAUGACCGAUAAACAAAUAUUCUGGAGUUGGCCAGCUGUAACUCUGCUCCAUCCUGGGAUUGAAGGGGCUUUCACCAUUUGUGGCAGUUUUAUAAUAACAAUUUACUAUAUCUCUGGCUUCAUAGAAUAACACAGGUGCGCUGCUGUAAAAACUGAGUCUCCUUUGGGAGAACUGCACUCACCCUUUAACUUUAUUUUGGGAUAUUGUGUCAAUAGAGCAUAAAAGUUCAACAGAAAAUCACAAAUUAGCCUCAGCACUGUGUAAAAUUGUGUCAUUGAUGGUAAAAAAGUGCAACAACUUCAAUGUUUUUUCAGAAUAUUUUAUCAAAAAAGGCUGAAAGCUUUUAUUUUAAGGAGCUCAAGAUGCGUUCAGCUCCAAAGCGUGAACAAAUAAUUGGAAUAUUUGAAUUUGAACUUGAAUAGUAAUACAUUUUAUUUGUAGUGCUCUUUACAUCCAGAGACCUCAAAGGGCUACAUGCUAAAAGCAAAGACAUAUCACAAUAAAGGAAUAUAAAAACAGGUAAAAACGAGAGAAACGUCUCAUUAAAGGCAGAGUUAAAACAAGAGUAAAAGCAACUAUUUGCAAUGCCUUCAUUCUGGUCCGGUUUGUGCUCAUUGGGUCCAUAUCUUUUAAUAGCAAAUAUUAAUAAAUGAAGAGGCUGUCAACCUUUAUUUGAGUAUUUUUAGCACCCCUCUGUGUUAAAUAAUUUGUUCUGAUUGGUCAAAAACUCAACAAAAGAUGAAUUCUUAGUGGCAAAAGUGGCAUCAGGAACAAGAUGAUCACACAUGAUAUAGCAGAAAAGCUCAACCUGUUGGAAUUCUAAUCCACACACCCACCUGCUCACUAUAAAGUAGGGUGACCAUAUUCUGACCUCCCAAAAAGAGGACAUGGCGAAAUCAGUCACACAAAGUUAAUUUGGAGAGUUUUUCAAGUCGGAUCAAGUGUCUUUUACGUGCUUCUAACUCAGUAAGUCCAUGUGACACAAAAUCAAAACUCCUGCACAAAACCGCAGACAUUUGAAGGAUUUUAUAAACUUCCCCGGACAAAGCCAGACAAGCCCGGACAGCCCAGGACAUGUCCGGGUAAAAGAAGACGUUUGGGCACCCAACCAUAAAGCAUCCUUUACAUGAUGCUGACAUUACUUUGUUUAAUAAUUCUUUGCUUUCAAAUAGUCCAUGGACUUGUACUUACACAGUGCUGUCUCUAGUCUUCUGACCACCCAAAAAGCUUUUACACCAUGCAUCACAAAAACUAAAUCAGGUCCACAUUCGUACAAACUGUUCAUGCAGACUGUUGUUAAUUAUGUAACCGUCAUUUGUGUAGCUGAAUGUCUUUCCCUAAUGAUGUAAAAAAAAGUUUGUAAGCUCUUCUGAGAUGUUGUCAUAUCUUAACCGUCUUAUUCAGAAGGACAACUGUGGUUUUCAAGCACAGCACAGCUACAGAGGUCAUAGAGUACUAUAUCCACUCAUUAGAAACCGUCACACUCCAUAUAUCUUGCAGCUUGUGAUGCAGAAGACCAGAGACCAGACCUGGCAUGGGUGUUUUCAGAGUGACUCAUUCAUGCCCUACUUCUAGCUCCGAGUCUGAGUCACUGUUAGGAAACACACUUUUGGAAUUUUGGCAGACAUUUUGGAAAGCGUACAGAGCUCAGAUCCUUUGAGGGAAACUUCACCCCUGAAGAGAAAUUUUACACAUCCAGAGAAGCUGGAAGAAGUCUAUGGAGAAAAAAGGUGGCAAAUUAUAGAAAGUGGUACAGUCUGAAUAGCUCCAAUCUGAAUCAUAGUAAGUCUGACGUGCUGUAACACACUGCCCUUUUACAACAAUAAUAGCUUUUUCACAGGAUGACCGAGCUAUUCAUACUCGCUAUGACUAACAGAAAAAUCCUCCUGUCUUCUGAGCUGCUAUUUCAGGUGAGACUGCCGCUCUGUUGUUUCCCUCAAACCACAUCCUACUCCACCAGCGCACUUUUCUUUUUGAAGUGUAUUGAGUCACUGACUCUCCUGACAAAUACAAGCUGAAACCUUACUCAUGUCUCUAAAAGCUUUCUCUUCCACGCUGGUGCUUUUAGAGGCUACCAAACAGCAGCUGAGCUGACCGGUGAUCGCUUUCUCUCCUUUUCCCCUCAUCUCUCCACUCACCAUACACCCUCUUUGCCUUAUUUCCUCCAUCUCGCUGACAUCUUGAUUUUCCCUUUCCUCCAUCUCUUACCUCUUCAUCUCACUCUUUUGUUACUCUCACUAUCAGGCAAAGCGUCUAUCAUGUUUUCUUAAUCUCGCCCACCGACUCCUUCAUGCUCAAUGUGCUAUUCUUAGCCAGACAGAUUGCUGGAGCAUUCAUCUAUGAUCUGUCUUUCUUCGUGUCGAUAAACCUGCUUCUGUGUGCGCUUUAGUAUGUGUGUGUUCAUAGCCAGAUUCUGCAUGUAAAACAAUUGCCUCCUCACAAAGAUUGAACUAGCAUCAGCUGAAAGACCUUUCUCUGUGAAGUAACGGUUUAAAUCCCAGGGAAUUUGCAUGCUUGUUGUCUUUCAAAGGAUUUUCAUGAAAGCAUGUAAAUAUGUACAUACUUUACUUAGCAUGAAGCUUGGCAGCGGUUGGAGGACAGCAAGCUCAGUGAUUUAUCCGUACAUGUAUCAGGAGUUGUAAACAGUGAUUCUGUGAGAAUGAGUUAAUUGCAGGACUAUCAAAGAAUGAGACAUUACACCGUCUAAAAAAAAAAAAGAAAAUAAAAUUUAAAAGGAAUUAAAAGUUAAAGUGCUGGAAAUAUAUCAUUGGCACUACUAAUAGGAGUUGGUUUGUUUACACACACAGUCGAGUUAAACUAAAAAUCAAAGCUUGAUGAGGCAGUUUAAAGGGAUAUUCUGGCGUAAAUUUAAGUCAUGGUCAAACACACCACAACACCAAGUUAGACACCCCCUCGAGAGAUAAAUGUUGCAGACUGCUUGCUUCUCUAGAACAAUAGUAAUACAGCCAUCUAUGGAGCCACGCGCACACCUCAACCAAAAAGCCACUCUAUAGCCACAAAUAAUGCUCAGCACAGCACCUAACUUCAUCAACAGUACGUAUAGGGUCCCAGUCAUAGUACUAGCCACCAAAAAUUUUUUUAGCUUUGCCUGAUUUCUUUAGCAAAGCGACCAAACACAACUCACCCACUCUCCUCCAGCAGCUGCUUGUUUGUAGGCAGAGCUUGGACAAGUCCAUCACCGACUGCAGCGGGGUGACGCAGCUCAAGAAAGAACAGUUAUGAUCAUUACUUUAUCAUUUCCUUGAGGUAAUAAUCAUCAAAUUAAUCAUUUUGCACUGCAGACGCGGUAGCUCUUCUGUCCUAGCGUCUUGGUCUGAUUGCAUUUCCAUGAAGAAAUGAUCAUAAAUGUUCUUCCUUGAGCUGCGUCACCCCGCAGCGGUCAGUUUGGACUCAUUGGACACAAGCGGCUGCUGGAGGAGAGUGGGUGAGUUGUGUUUCGUCUUUUUGCUAAAGAAAUCAGGCAAAGCUAAAAAGAUGUUUGGUGGCUUGUGCUAUGGCUGUCAUCCUAUACGUACUGUUGAUGAAGUUAGGUGCUGUUCUGAGCAUUAUUUGUGGCAGUAGAGCGGCUUUUUGGUUGAGGUUUGUGCGUGGCUCCAUAGACCAGUGUGUAUUGCUAUCGUGUGGUCGUUACUAAAGUUGGUAUAACUGUUGUCGGCAACAUUCAUCUUUCGAGGGGGUGUCUCACUCUGUGUUACAGUUUGUUUGACCCUAACUUGGUUUUACGCCAGAAUAUCCCUUUAACUGGACUUAAUGCAGCCCUGAAUUUUAGAUUGAGUGGGGUUGAUGGAAAUAUUUCAGCUGCCAUUUCUUUCCUUACGUCUUGAUAUGAGGUUUAAUUUCUUCUGUAUGUUGAGAGCUUGUAACUGAUCUGGCAGUGACACUGUAAGGGUAGGAAGUGUCUGAUUGAGAAAAGAGUACGAGCACGUAUAUGUACCCCAGCAGGGCUUCAACAACAGUGUACUGAUGAGAAGUGUCUGAGAUGAGUCACCAUGUUGUGCAUGCUGAAUGCCUGUGUGUGUGUUAAAAACCUGUAAUCAGGGUGUUAUUACCACUCCCCCUCUGUAUGUAGACAGCUUCAAAGUCACAUAACCAUCAAGCGUAUGUUAAUGUGAAAAGUAGGGUAUUUAGAAAGCAUUUAGUCGAUAAGAUGAGCACUGAUACAUACAUUUCCUCCUCAGCCAUGCUGACGUAUGAGCAUGCUGAUAUGAAAAUCUGUGUCACUGUCAUGUAACAAGGAGGCUGCUGCUGCUGCACUGUGGGGUUGAUUGAAUAAGAGCUUUCGUUAGGUUCUGGGACCCAAAAUGUGAUCAGAGAGCACAAAGCUGCCAGAUAUUUUCCUCUCUACUUAAUGUAGGUCAAUUUGUCUGGGGAAAUUUCUUGAUUUACAUGUUGUUUCUGUUUCACACAGUGGAAAUGUGUCAUUGUCUCUGCUAAAAUAAGUAGAAAAUGAAGGGAAAUGGAAAUAUCUCAGCCUCUGCUGGUAGAAUUUCAAUUUAGAAUAAUUACCAGAACUCGUUCGGUAUUCUCGUCUCUUUGCUGGGAUUUUAAAAUGACGUCCAGUGGUUUUAUAACAUUAAUCUUUUUUGGGGGGUUAAAGUAAUCUUUCUUCAUCUACCUCUGCACACGUUUCUUUCAUACAAGCUGCAGAACAGUCUUGCAUCCUUCGUUCAUCAGCCACACAGUAAAGUAAUCAAGGGGAAAUUACAUCUGAAUUAAAUUACUCUUUUCCUCUUUGUAAUUAAUUGUCAUUAGAGCAGAUCCCGUGUGGCAUAUUAACUCAGCGACAGACAUCCUGUCAUACAUGAAGGCUGUAGAUUUGUAGAAAUCAUUUCCGAAGAAACAUGAAGCUGAGAAAGGCUAAUCACUCCACACUGACCGCUCCCUGGCUAACGUCCUUGACUGAGCCGUUAAUGUGAUUCACACACACUGACAGUACCCACACACGCACACACACACAAAGACAACACAGGGGGAUUAGUUUUGUUUAAGUCCAAUACAUUGUUAUUAAAGACAGGCAACACUCAGAACACCAGGCUAUACAUUUAACUCUCUGCCACAUUUUGUUUUUACAAAGACAAAUGAGUGGUUAGAUUAUAGAGGAAAAGGGUUUAACAGUUAGGAAACAGGUAAAUCAGUACAGUCAGAUACAAUUAAACCCCAACCUUAGCUGAUGGUGUUCGAUGUUUCCCCUUUUUUCAGUCUUAAUACUAACCCAAGCCAAUUACCUUUCCUCUCCAGCCACAUAAGUAUUCAAAUUCUUAACAUUUGCUUUAUUGCUACUAAUCAAAAACUAAACCUAAACAUGCAUAUCUAAAUCUUGAUUUUUUUCUUUUGUAACUUAAUAUUUUCCUAAAAACGCCAGACCGGCCCUUUAAAGGAGAUCUAGUAUCUUUACAUGCAGCUUGAAAAAUGAUAUAUUUAGACACAGCUCGUGGGUGUUACUUUUUACACAGCUUCAACUGAUGCCUCAACAGAAGAUGUCAAAGCUAGCUUCGUGCACUUAGCUCCCCAUUCAUCCCUGUUAGCAUCGGUUUGAGAAGAGAAAAUAACUGUGACUGCCCUUCAAAUCCUGAAUCAACAAAGUGCCGAAUGGAGGAAAAGCAAGGUGGUUAAAAGACUUUCCAUGGGAGGGAAAUCUUAAACAAGCUUCCAGGCAGGAAGCUGCAUUGGAGCUGCCAGCUUGGCUUGUCCUUCAACACUGUCUUAAUAAGAUGGCAAAACCUGACGAAAUUCAGGCCAAGCCCCAGAAAAGUAUUGAAAUGAGCCGUUCAGAGAAGCUGAAAAACAAGUUAGAGGGUUGUGCAACCGUUUCUGCGGCUAAUUAUUAUGAUACUUUGCUGAGUUCUGAUAUGGACAUCCAACAUGGUGUUACUAUAUGUUCAUACAACAAUGCAGAUCAGCAUAAUAGGUCUCCUUAAACACUUAAAAAAUAGGAUUUACAAUAUAGAACUUUGUAGAUGUGGUGUGGCAAUCUUUGAGGUCAGUUUUUGACAAUUAAGCCCCACCAUUAUCAAGCCAGUAAGAAAAGCACCAACAUUAAACUAGAAAUCAAUUUAUGUGUCAUUUUAGGCAACAAACUAGGUUUUAAAAUUUGUAGAAAAUUAAGUUUCAUGUGGGGUCCCUUCACUAAAAGUAAAACAAAGGUUCACAAUAUUAGUUUUAUAGUUUGACAAAAAAAAAAAGUUCAGUCCUGAUAAUAAAGCCUCUGAUUUUUUUUAUAGUUAUAUUGACAGUUUAUUUGUGUGUUGAAAUAGUAAUUAAGCUUGAAAGCUUAAUUAUGUCUUCAAUUAUGUCCUCUUCAUAAAUGCGUUCACAUUUGUCUAAAUAUGGUCCUCAUUAUCAAACUUUCUUUUAAGUGAAAUUGUUGAAAAUUACAUAAUGAUUCCUACGUCAGUGACAUUCUGCUGUACAGUGUUGAUGUAUCUAUUCUGUUAACCCCCAGAUCUUAUGUAACAUUAAGAUGCAGGAAUAUGUCUCCAAAUUGCAGAUUCUAAAUAUAAAAAUCCUCCUGUUACCUAAUCUUUCACCUUGAAUCCGCCGUUUGUCCAAAUUUAGCAGGGGUCUGGUCUGGUAAAGACACCACAACAAAGCCUUCAUCUCCAACACUGGUGCUUGGUUACUGUUGCUAUGCAUGGCGGAUCGUUGCCGUCACCGGUGCAUCCAAUAGGCAUGUCGGGGCAGCCGGGGAGUCUAAAAACAGCUUCCUAUAUUACAGCAUAUAAUGAGAAAGGCUUCAUCAGGGCUCUUUCCAAAUGUCAGAGCCGCUUUAAUGAUCUACCAAGCGCACACACACACGCACACACAGAGGAGAUAGAUCAUGUGUAAGUGCGCAUGCAGUCACACUGUGUGGCUCUUUUCUGCAUUGCUGGCGUUUCCAGUAAUCCCACCUUUCUUUCUUUCCCUCUCUGCUAUUAAUUCUCCCCUCUGAAGCUUUUAAUUCUCUCUAUCCCUUUCACUUCUGUCUUUCUCUCAUCCUAAUCUUCUUCCCUGUAACUUAAACUUGCUUUAUCCUGAUUAUCACUCCUGGCUUGCACAAGUAGCUUCAGUGAACACCUUGGUUUUUAUACAAACACAAAACACAAAGAAAGUUUGGCGUGUGAGUAUGCUCCACGGGAUGCAGACUUUUGCAUUGGAGUCUUCGGGGACGAGGCAUUACUCAUCGCAGUGAAGCCAACAGGAGACGCUUCUAACAGCCCUGUAGCACACAAAGACCAAGAAACCCUCUACUCGAGCAGGAAAGCACAACAGCUUAUGUAAUGUUGUUUUUUUAGCAGCUCAAACAGCAUACCCUGCAUGUCAGACCACCUCUAAUGACAUCCUCCAGGGUGUGUGCGCAUUUGAUGUUUAACACUGAAUAAAAAGUUAGUUCAGCAGAAGGGGGUGAUAUGCUGAAUAAAUGAAUUUGAAUGAAGAGGGUUAAGACGGCAUGAGCCGAAAGAUAAAGAUGGACAGAGGUCAAGGAAAGAGAGAAAAUCAAGUGCAAGCAAUCUGGAAUGCAACAAGGAGUUUUAUGUGUGUUGUAAAAGAAGGAAGCAAAGGUGAGGAAACAAAGAAGGAGAGAUAAAUUUCAUGCAAAAAAAAACAAAGAGAUGACAGGGAGGUAGGAUUUCAACUCUAAAGAGGAUAAAAGAAGAAGAAUAAGUGGCUUUUGAGACCCGUAGAGAGGACAAUACGGAGGAAGAAACACACACAGAGGCGAAACGCGCCGGCCUGGGCUCUUGGUGCAAUGCAGACGGCAUUGCCAUGGAAACGGAUGGAGGGAAAGCGCAGACGAGGAGGAGGAGGAGGGGAUUAAAGAGGAAGGAAGAGAUCACUGGAGGAGGGGGCCUGUUUGGAUGAGAGGGGAGGGGCUGGCUGAAAAAUGAGUUACAAGUGUGGAUGUGAAGUUAAAUAGGCAGGUAGUUGACGCUUCAAAGAUGGGUUUACAGUGAAGAUGAGCCACUCCAGUGUGUUGCUUUGGUACUUUGAACCUUAGAUUACCAUUAGAUCACCAAAUUCUCUUAAGGUUUUAUAUCUCUUCUCUAACUUUACUUUUUUUGUAUCCUGUUUGAUUACUUAUUCAACUGUCUGCUUGAUAUUAAUACUUCUUUGAGUUCCUCUCAUUUAUAAUUAAUCAUAGCCUAUACGUUUCUGUUAAUUUAUUCAAUUUAUGUGCAAGCUGCUCCAAACUAGCUGCCUCUAGAGGGAUAAAUGAAGUAAAUAGAUAGUUUCUUAAAGGUUCAAAGAUGGGUUUAAAGCAAAGAAGUGCCAUUUUUGUGCUUUAACAGGGUAUUUUAACUGUGGAACCAUCAUUAAAGCAGCUAAUCAAGCAAAAUGUGGACGUGAACUUCUCUUUUAAAGAGUUCAGGGGACUUCAGCAGUGACUGUUUCAGCCCAAAGUGAAAUGUUGCCUCUAUAGAUCAAUUAAAACAAGUGAUGGGGAUGAGCUUGUCGCCAUGGCGCCACUUGUCUCAGGUGGCAUUGUCUGGGUCCAGAUCUGAGGGCGGGGGUUGUCAUGGCAGCAGGGGUGCAUGGAGUUUGUCUGGGUGUCAUAUGCUGCAAACACACACAACACAUCACACCACACACUCAUUCACUCUCUCUCUCUCUACACACACACACACACACACACACACACACACACACACACACACACACACACACACACACACACACACACACUGUCUGUUAGAAAUAGUCUUGACUGCAGGAUUAAAAAUAGAAAGCAGCAGAAGGCAGCACCCCUCUCCUCAUUUCCAGCACCCAUGGGACCCCAUCAUUCUCAUGUUCCUCUUCACCCAUUUCUCCCUAACAAUUUUCUUCUCUCCUCCCCUCAUCCUUCCCUCUUGCACCCUCUCCCUUUAGAUAAAGUAGACCAGAUCUUUCUCUUACACUCCACUCCUCUCUUUAUCUUCAUUUACACCAUAUUCACGCCAGAGUGUGAAAUAAAAGCAAACACACACUCAUGAGUUAGUUUCAUUUACUUUUGCUAUUUCAGUUUUUUUGUAAGAUUCUGACAUAAUAAAUGAUACAUGAAUAAAUAGAUCAAAAUAAGUUAUUAAAUAAAAUAAAUAAAAACAAAUAUGAAUAUGUAAAUGAAUAUAAAAACACAACUGAAAAAUAGACAAAAAUAAAUUAAUGAACAAGUUAAAAUUGAAUUUAACAAGUAAAAAAAUUGAAAAUAUGAAAAUAGAUCAAAUAAAAAACUAAAUUAGUUAAUUAAAUUAAUAUCAGGUUGGUUAGUGGGUGGUGUUUCAUUUAAAUUCUGUUAUGAUAUAUAGAAUAAUGCAGUUCAAUAUAACCUCUGACAUAUAUAUCCCUUUCUGCAAUAUUUUUCUAUAGACAUUAUUAAAUGAAAUAUUUAUUUAGGUUCAGUAAUUUUGUUUCUCAUUUAUUUGUAUCAUUAAACUAUCAUAUUUUUCUCAUAUGCAUAAAACAUCAGUGUGCUCUUGGUAUUAUGUAUUAGCUAUCAGCCUACCUCCUUUCUCAUUCACAUUUACCAUCUUGUUUAAUUUAUGAUUUCUUCUGCCUUACUUUACUUUUUUAGAUAAACUUGUUUAAGAACUAAGUCGAUAUAAACCGUGUUUUUCAGGAAUGAGAGGUGUGCUAAAUUUGACUUCCUCGACACUCGAGUUGACUCUGCUCUCCGACUCGACUUCCUCUUGUUAAAUCUCCUCCUUGUUUGGUCUUUGUUUAUCAUCAUAGCAGUGGCGGUGAUGUGAGGUGUCUUUAGUUGUCAUGGUGAUGGGAUUAGCUGUGGGAAGGAUGCUUAAUGAGCUUUGAGUUGCUCAGGCUAAUGAAGUGGGACGGCUGUACCUGGUUGUGAGCUCAACUGGCAGCAAACAAUAGACUGCUUGUUAAAAGUCUCAUUUGGUGACUUCAUUGCAUCGCUCAACCAUCUAAAUUCCUGUAGAGGAGAGGUGAACAAGAUUCUACAGAAACUGCACCCGCAGUCUUAAUGAGCUUCAUAGAUGCAGCACGAAAGAAGAGCUUAUCUUUUUUUUUCUCUGUUUGUUGGAGGGAUUUGCCUUCAAACGAAACCUACCAGACACAUCUAUAAACAAGUAAAGACAUUUGAAAUAUGUUAACACGUUAGUCUGACUCAAAUUGCACUGACUCAAACUUCACAUUGUUGGAAAACAUACUUAUAUAAUACAUUGAUCCUAACCUUAACCUGAACUGAGCAGCUGACUUGAACCAAACUCUCUGAAAAAUGUAAAAUAACUUAUUUCACUAAAGAACUACGACUGCCAGGGAUACUGAAAUGUAAAACACUGGAGACAUCAGCAGGCUCAGCAUCUAAAGCCAAAUCCUAAACUGAAAUAAAUUCAUCUUGAUAGAAAGUAUGAGGUGCUUUAACAGACACACCAUAAAUCUUAAAUUAAUAAAACUUACAGCCUUGAAGAAAGUAAGUCAUAGUGUAACUUCUAACCCUGAUCAUGUAGUAAGUAAAAUGGUGUGAAUAUUAUCCUCUGCAGCAGUUUAAAAAUAAAAAUAAAGACAGCAUACAAUGUCCUUGUCAAAGUAGAGUCACAAAAUUUCAUCUUAGAUUUUUGCAGAGGGCUUCACAGAGCGAGCUUCACCGACACAGCCUCUCACAGCAGCAGCAGCAGCUCUCACAUCGCUCCUUCCGCCUGACUGAAGCGUCACCCUGAAGCGCAGACUGCUCACGUGCAGACGCGGUGUGUGUGAGUGUGUGUGAGUGUAAAUGUUGCACAAAGGUGUGAAUGUACAGACACUAGUGCUGUCUACUGUCAGCAUGACAUUUGUGUAUGAACGUGCGCACGUGUCUCUGUGAGUUGUUGUGUUGUUUUUUUAAUAUCGCCUUGCUGUUUACACUUGCAGACCAAUAUGGGGCUGAAGUGUCUCUUUGUAGCUCUGUAUCUUGCAUCUCAUUUGCACCUUAUUCUCUUUCAUUGAGUCUUUAAUGUUUUUGAAUUAUUUACAGAUAACCCAGGUGUAUAUACAUUCAUUACUGAUCUUUCUGUCAGAAAUGGACCCAUGUGAGGAUUGAAGAUAAUAUAGUUUUGAUUCCACAUGUGCUGACUACAUUUCAAGAGUUCAAGAGUGUUUUGAAAAGCCUACAUUACCUCUUCGAACCCUGAACUCGAGGUCAUGCUGCACAGUGAGGCAAAGGCAAGAGUGGAUAAGGACAUAGUUGUGUCGCAAACCCACACAAGCGUUAAACCUCACACGUCGCAUCCUGAACGCACACUACUUUGAUAGUUCCCCGCUAACUCGGAACUCAGAGUGUUGAGUCGCGCAGAGAUUCAGAGUGUCAUUACAGGGGGAUGAUGCCCUGAAAGCCUCUUCUGGGCGUUAGCAGCGCUCCUGAUCGCUCUCGUUCUCCCGGCAUCAACAGAGCAGUAAAGCCACACAUCCGAACACACACACACACACACAAACACCCUCCUCCCUCUCUCUCUAACAGCUCUGCAUCCUUACUGUCUUUCUCCUCAGCCGUUCGCAGCGAUCCUCAAGUUGCCAAUUUGUUCAGUUUCUACUUCACAAGUCAGGCUCAGUCGUCCCCCUCUCUAAGCUUAUUGCCCCCUGCUCACCACAGCCUUUAAAAAUGGGGCUUUAUGUGUUCAAAAUGGCCCGUAGUAAAACCUGCAAGCGGAGAGAUUUCACUGCAAUAGUGCAGGGACGUCCCAGUGGAAAUUAGGUGAGAUUGCCUUCUUGCCUGAGUGAACCUGCUUCAAAAUAAAUAGUGAUGUGCUGUGCUCUCUCAAAGUCAACCUAAAUAGUUUCACAUUCUAGUGAGGAUGUUUUAAAAAAGCAUUGUGGGUAUUUCUUGAACAAGCAGCCUCCCGAACUUUGACAGAUACAUCCAUCCUCUGUCUCAGGCAUUUUAAAAACACACUUUGGAAACUAAGAAAGCAUUCUGCGCUCAGAGGGGGAACUUCUAAUCCUUGCCUAAGGAAACAUCUACUUUUGCAGAACAGUAGACGUCAAAGUUUAGAUUUUUUUUCUUUGCGUGCAGACGGCACGUCCCUAUAAAAGGCUUAUCAAGCAGGUACAGAUCCUGUGUAAUACCUGACUUCCUUAUCAGAAAGCGCCCUCUGAUUAUUAUGCUUAGUGGAUUAUCCAGCUGAAAUAAGGGCACUUAGAGACAGAGCCGUGACCUCCCUCUGUGUUUUCCAGAUGGCGGGACGAAGAAGCUCCGCAGCACCAUCCGGAGGAGCACGGAGACCGGCAUCGCCGUGGAGAUGAGGAACAGAGUGACACGGCAGGGCAGCAAAGACUCAACUGAUGGCAGCACCAACUCCAACAGCUCUGAUGGAACGUGAGUCUCUAGCUGCUAAUAGUCUCAUCCACGCAUCCAUAUUCUACAUGAUUCUAUCUAUUCAUUAUAUUUCUGUCUUCUCUGUUAGGUUUGUCUUCCCUACCACACGCCUCGGGCCUGAGAGCCAGUUCAGUGACUUCCUGGACGGAUUAGGCCCUGCUCAGAUUGUAGGCCGGCAAACGCUAGCUACACCCCCCAUGGGUAAGUCUGAAUGGAGGACAUCACAGACAGAUUGUUAUCUCUUUCGAUCCGUCUCAUUCUCACCUGGUAUUGAUUGUUCAUUCUGAGAUUUCCAGAGAUACUUUUGGGAGCAGGAUUUAUAGUUGCUAAACAUCCCAAAAAAAAGCCACUCACUUUAAAGCUCUCUAUAGUGGAUUAUUUAGAAAUAAAGCUGAUAAAAGCUGAAGUGUAAAAAUAUUUAGUUCCUAGUGUAAUGUCAGAAAAGAGAAUGAAAUUCCCAUCCAAAAACCAAUGUCUAAAUACCAACAAACAAACAAACCAUUGGGGGCAUUGAAGAAGCUAAAAAUAUAGCAAAGGAGCGUAUUCACUCAGCAGGGGAGAUGUAAUUCUUGCAUGAGGUAUGAAUCUUUCAUGGAAAGGUCAUUGCUUGUGCAGAACAGCAGAGCAGAGCAGAGCUUCAACAAAACCUGCAUGGUGGUGAAGACAGACUCACAGCUCUCUGUCGCCCUCUGCAGUAAGAUAUCAGCCAUUGCAACUAAAGCUUACAGAGAAAUCCUGGGCUGCCUCUUCAUUUAUUUUCCUCCCUCAUCUGAGUUGUUUCUCACAUUUGAGAGCUUAAAGAGAUGCUUGCGUAUGUGCCAGCUGAGAAAUCUUCCCUUCUGCAGGUACAAAAGAUCUCUGCAGAUGAUAGACUAGCUCACCUUGCUCUGAGCUCCUUCAGAGGUCUCCACUCUUCUUCACUCUUGUAUCCUCCAAGUAGAUUUAACAGACUGGAACACUACUAUGGAUGAAGUUAAUGAUCAAAGAAGCAGUCCCAGUCUACUGAGCAUUACUUAUUGAACAGUUUGCUUCUGUUUUCAGAGAUUUGUCUUGGUUUCAUUGACUUUGUAUGUGUUCAUUUCUGCUCACAGGGGAUGUCCAUGUCGGCAUGGUGGACAGAGGAGGUCAGCUGGAGGUGGAGGUCAACCAGGCCAGAGGAUUGACUGCCAAACCGGGCUCCAAGAACAUACCAGGUGCUGCUUUGUUUAUAUACAGUAUGGAAGGUUUAUUUGUUUACCUCUACAAUGAGUUUCAAUGAGAUGCAUUUUGUUGUUUUGUCUCCAGCGACCUACGUGAAGGUGUAUGUGCUGGAGAACGGCGUGUGCUUGGCCAAGAAGAAAACCAAAGUAGUAAAGAAGAAUCUGGACCCCACCUACCAGCAGGCUCUGUUGUUUGAUGAGAGUCCUCAGGGCAAAGUCCUACAGGUAUGCUGUCUUUCUAUUAUAACACAGUUUAGAGUUUUUAUUCCAAGUAUAAAUUUGGUGUCUCGUAAAACAAAAAAAACAUAUAAAGCACAUCUUUACUGCCUAGGAUUUCAGUUGCCAGAUGGCUCUUAAUGACCUCCGAAAGCAAAUGUGACAAAAAGAGCUGUUCCUAUUCAGUCAUUAUUGAUGCCUUACUUAACUGAUGCUUUUUAUAUGCAAAGAUGCAGCAAAGAUUCUCUUAGUGUUAUGUUUGACUGUGAGCAUAAAGCAUGAUGAAUUUAUUUUUGUAUAUAGGUAAUUUGAAGAGUUAUUACCUGGUUAAUGAAAGUUAAGGUAUCAUUUUAUUUGACGCCUUUCUCUAUAACACAUUGUAAAUAUACGUAUAAUGCGUUAUAAUCACAUUAUAAACACUUAUAAAUGAUCAUAAUGCUGUACAUAACACAUUAUAAAGUAUUUUAUCAUGACUUACAAGGUCAGGUAUUAUAAUGUGUCAUAACUGUUAACAACAGUUGUAUUGCAUUAUCUAUGUGGGCAUUGUCAGUGAGUUGUUAACAGUUUUAACACAUUAUAAUUCAUGACCUUGUAAGUCAUGAUAAAAUGUUUUAUAAUGUUUUAUUUAUGAGUGUUUAUAAAUAUAGUUACACAGUGCUACAACGUCAUUAUAACACAUUAUACAUAUAUUUAUCGUGCGCUAUAGAAUCAAAGUCAAAUAAACUGUUACCAAAAUAAAAUUAAUAUUGAUUGAAAUAAGUUAUGUACAUUACAUAUAAUUUUUAAAAAUAGCAAAAACAGUUUGAUAAAUGACAGGAACAGAAAUAAGCAAAUCUCAGCUUGUUUGUUGAAGCAUGUAUCUAUAACAUAAAAAACAUAUUGCUAAAAGCACAAGCCCCGCCCACUUCAAACCAGAAAAAAAAAUACAGAAAUAUGCAAAAGGUUUUAUAACGUGUAACUCAAUAUCUCCAUUCUUGUAGGUAAUAGUGUGGGGGGAUUACGGGCGUAUGGACCACAAGUGCUUCAUGGGAAUGGCCCAGAUCCUCCUGGAGGACUUGGACCUGUCUGCCACAGUCAGCGGCUGGUACAAGCUGUUCCCUACCUCUUCUCUGGCAGACCCCAGCAUCGGACCCCUUACCAGACGCCUCUCCCAGUCCUCCCUGGAGAGUGCCACCAGCCCCUCGUGCACCUAGACACCCAGUAGACACCCGUAUGCAGGGGUGUAGGCAGAGUCAUGCAGACAUGGACACACGUACUGUAAAUACACAACGACUGUAUUUGAAGUGCAGGACAGGUAGGCAUAUACAUAGAAACAUACCCCCAUCUCUGCAGGACCACACAUUUCAAACUACUUUACUGGACAUUUCUCACAUAUUCUCACCCGCAGAUUAGUGGUUUCAGUUUAGAGCGAAUCAAACUUGAAGUAGACAUAAUUUACCAGAACAUGUAGCAUUUUUCACCCUCUCAUUUGAUCAUUUACUGCCAUAAAUCAGCAUUCAUCCAGGUGCCGUAGUCAGCAUCUGAAGGCACCCGGGUUUCUGUCACACGACUUAUCACAGGGCCAUCCUGAUGCCAGUUUCUAAACUCUCUAUGCCAAACUAAGAAAAAACUUUAUUUUUUAAAACCAAAGCAAUUGUUAUUGUUGUUAUUCUAACUAUAAGUAGUAAGUGAAGUAGUAUACAAUAUAAAGUAUGGAUAUGUAGCAGAGUCAAUGACUUAGAUGUAAUGCAAAAAAAGAAGAUACAUUCUACACACAUGAGAUGAGAGCGGUAGGUCAAACACAUAAACACACCUGGGCAACAGGCUUGGAUAUUCACAUAAUGGCUAUUAUGUGAGGUAGCAACACUGCUAUUCUAUAAUUUCCACAGGGCAGAGUUUAUAUAUAGAUAUACAUAAAUAUAUAUAAAUAGAUAGUUAAAAACUUAUUUGUGUUUAUGUAUGUAUCGGCUGCAUUCUGCAUGUUUGCUUGCAACCCUUGUAGAGACAUUUAAAAGUGCUUCAAUCUUUUGAUUUAGCUUGCCUUGACUGGAGUAAGAGGAGCAUAGUGCCACUUUAUUUUUGAGGAAAGAGCUUUGACCGCAGUGAGGGAGAAGGAUGGGGGGCUUUAAUGACAGUGGGAGCGCUAUCAUCUCCAUCCGCAGAAGAAGAAAGCAGAUCAGUCAGCAGGUUUACCAUGUGCUGAAUAACACAGAACAGAUUCUGCUUUUAUUCUUCGAUCAUAAAGAACUGUUUAAACACACAAAGGAGGUCUAAGAGAGUGAGUCCAGCUCUCGUCUGGGAUUCUUGUUUUCUACAUCCAGGGGGGCCACAGUCCCUUUCUCUCUCUCUCUCUUCUCUCUCUCUCUCUGUAUACCAGCACUUAGACUUGACUAAGGUUUCUGUUGAGUCCCACGCUGAUGUCUCUUUUCUUUUUCCUCCUAUUUUAUGAAUCGGGUUGGUAAUGCUGCAGGCAAACACAACUACAACCUUUAAUCCUCCUGCUUUUCCUUUGUCGCUCUUUUCUUGCCACACUGACUGUAACUAAACCCUGAUGUAAACGGGUGAACAUGUAUUUGAUCGUAGACUAGUUUUCUUUCUUAAUAUCUAACUAUAAACUUAAGUGUUACGUUGCUGGCAGGCUGAUUGAUAAUUUAGGUGCAAUAUGUCACUCUUUUUAUUCCCUGUCUGGCAGUAUUAAGAUGGCACUUUACAGUGAUAUACAGUAUGUAUUAUGUCUAAAUGUUAAAAACCUGCAGUGUCUGACCACCUCUUCUUCUUUUAUUUAUUGUUUUUUCACUGGUCACACUGCAGUGUUUACCUCUGAAUCUCUAUAGUGCCAGCAUGAAAAUGUAACAUGAGUGUAUUUUUGAAUCAAAGUGUCAAGGCCCACUUCAACAACUGAUAAAGGUCAGUUUUACUGUAGAUUAUGAACGGAAAUCAGAACAAACUGAAACUAUCCAUCAAUAUAUGAUUUUUUGGGUCUUUAAAGCUCCUGUAAGGAAUUUGUGAUAUUAAUUUUUGAUGUUGAAACAGACUAAAACAAACAGUGAUGCUUUUACAUGAUGAAAACCUACAAAUAAGACCACAGAUGACAAGAUAUAAGAGUUUGUAUAUUAUAGUUCUUAAUGCUUGUGACUGCUGUGAGGGGGUAGAAACAGCCUUCGUUUAGUAUUCAUUAUGAUGAGACACAAGAAGGAGAUUUUUGAAAACGGCCUCUUAUGAUACAUUAAAAGCACAUUUUUACGAAGACACAUAAAUGCAUCUAUAAGGCUUUAUAACAACCCAUAUAGGUGAUAUAGGCAUUCAUUACAGCUCACAGUGAUGUUAAAGAGGUGUGUAAAGUAAUGGGCAGAAUGCCUUAUAAGGAUUUGGUAAAAAAUGUGUUAUACCUGAAUACAAAAUAAACCAUGCCUUUAUAAGACAUUAUUAUCACUGCUUAUAACACUGAUUUAGGCUCUAAUGGCUGUUUAUAAUCACCUGUAUGGGUUGUUGUAAAGCUUUAGAGAUGCAUGUUUAAGGCUUUAUGCAUGUGCUUCUGAUGUUUCAUUAAAGAUGGGUUCAUAGAAAGGGUUACCAACUUUUUUGUCAACUAACACCACUUUUACAUGGAAGAGACAAAAUAAGCGAUGAGUUAGCACUUUGUCCACAGGGGGCGCCAAAGUCAACAGAGUUAAAAAAAUUCCCCACAGGAGCUUUAAGGGUGUCUCAAGAAAACAACCUUUUCUUUUGUGUGAUCUGAAGGAAAAGGUCAAAUAAAACCAUUUUAAAAAUUAUUAUAUAAAAGGUAAGACUGACCUGUCAGCUUUUCAAGUGUAGCUUUUCAAAUGUGCAAUGGCUGAGUAUUGAUUGAAAGGGCCACCUGUGUUUAGUGUUUUAAGAUGAAUAUUUCUUGUUUGACUCUGUCUGUCUUAAGACUGAAACCCAAACUUCUCAAUGGGUAAAAAGGCUAAAGAUAGUCAUUUAAAAAAACAGUAGAAAAAGGAGACAUGAGCGUCUCAAACUGAAGGCUGUUAAAGCUUGUGCAUUUUACAAGCUCAUAUCUAGUUUUAUUACCACCAUAUGUCCCGCCAUCCGUCAAGUACUGUCCGUGUUGCUCAUUUCCUCUUCUUUCCGCAAAAAGAGAAACAUUUUGUCUUUGCUGCACCUAAGACCAACAGAGUUCACUCUUCAGCGCUCUUUGAACUUCGUAUAAAGGGAUCCCUGACAUUCUUGAAUUUCUGGGAGGAGGGUGAUGAUUAUUUUUUUAAACCUCCCCUCUUGUAUAGAAAACAACCCUUUUCAAAGCAUUGGUUCCUGUUUCUUUUUACUUUCUGGAGCUAUUCCUUGCUGGAUCUGUAACUGUAUGGUCAUGUAUAUGAAGUAAUUUUAAGUACUUAAUUGAUUUGUAUCUAUUUUUGUGGACAGCUGGCAUGAUGUAAAAAUAAGGACUUAUACUCUCGAUAUUUGCACACAUUCUCUUCAGUGAUCGCCUUUUGUGAAGACAAAAAAAACUUUGGUUUAAGAGAGAGAAAAGAAAUGGAAGGAGCAUUGAACUUAAAAAUAAAAAAUAGAGAAAAGGUUACCUGCGGACAUGGUCGGACUUACAUGACAUCCAUGCUGAAUGUUCUUGGUAACUCGCUAAAAAAACAGUCAUCAUGUAAAAAAAUGCUCCAUGUUAUAUCUUAUAUUUUGGAGCUUAUAUAGAGCUGAAUGCAUCCUUUUACUGUGUACAGAGUUACCCAAAACAUCAACAGUGAGCUGGAAGUAAGAGACGAUGCAAAAGGAUGUAGAAUAAAGCUGAAGGACAUUUUUGUGGAAAGUAGAAGGCAUUUGCCAAAUUAUAACUCCUGCAACCAAAAGAAGUUUUAUCAAUCAUUAUUAUAUACUGUCUUACUUUAGAGUGUUGUUUGGAUGUGUGUCAUUUCAUGAGGUGCAUUUAUUGUACCGCAAAAAGCAAAAGAAAGAGUGUCAGGGCACAGAGAAAGAGAUUGAAAUAUGUAGAUAUUUGUUAUAAAGCGUUGAAGAAAAUUGAAGGAUCGAGGGUUUUAGGAACAUUUAUAGCUUAUUAUCUCAUUGUAGCAUUUACCUUAGAUUUAGAUUAAUACGGAUUUAUCACAAGAUUAAGAAGCUUUGUCUCAUAUGGCUAUUUUAUUUAUUUCAAUGCAGACUUGUAACAGUUUAAAGUGAGUAAAAAAAAGUGGGUUUAACUUUGGCACAGUGAAUUGCAGCAAGACUUAAUAGUUAGCUGAGUGAUACCCAAUAAGAAGGUAGCAACAUAGCUGUAUUUAAAAUGUUGAUUGAAGACACUUUGGGGUAAUUGAUUGAAAACUCUGAAACCCCUUUAGUCUCAUAAACUCUUAUCUUGGAACAAAUUACUAGAAUAGCCUAUUCUGUGGAUAAAGUAAUUAAUUUGCAUGCACAAGAAAGUUAUCUUGUGAUGUUUAAAUUGUACUUUUAGGAUUGUUACCUUGUAGGAAUAAGCAACCAUCCUGCUGGAAAACAGGAAUCACCACGUUAUGAGACUUUAAGGGUUCUGUAGAAAACAGCACGCAGCUCCUAGAGCUUGUUUAACAGCGAUAUAUAGGCUUAAGUUAAACAGUAACGUAGUUGGUGUUUCAGUGUAAAGACUGUGAACGCUUGGGAAUGUAAACCCAUUUGCCUGCUUGCUUCCCUGUAAAAUCCACCCCAAGCAUCCUCCAACUGGUCGUGCGCAAAACUUUUGUAAUGUAUCUUCAAUCAAAAUGAGUCGUUUCUCGGUACGCUUUGUUGAAAAUGUAUUUUAUUUUUGUAAGGUGAGAGGUGUUACUCAGAGGAGCGGGGAUGAGGACAGAGAGGCGGGGUUGUGUACGAAACCCGCCUUGAGAUUUUGGCGAAAAAAUGAGGGCUUGUUCAGUUUCCAAUGGCCUUAUUUUGUGUAGGAGACAUUGCUUCACUAUUGUAGCACACAACUGAAAGUUUUGACAAAUGUAUUUUGCUUGAAAUAUUGUACUGAAGUUCUAUCUGUGUAUAUGUAUAGUUUUAUGAAUGUAUUUCUUAAUCCUUCCACCAGAACUGAGUGUACAUUUUUUUGUCAUCUUGUUUGCUACAUCGUCUCUUUGAAGACUUUCCAGGGACCCUUGCCUGCGUUAGCUCAGGCAGCCCCCCUUUCUUUGACCGUACUGUAUACUGUAUGUCUUAUUCUUUGUGUGUUCGUUUAAAAGAACAGCUCUGUGGUUGAUACACGCAUGAAUUCUUGUCUGGCGAAAUGCAUUUUUAUUUAUUUCGACCACCAUGAUGGUUUAUAAAUAGAAAGAAUUGCUAUCCCCUCCCUCCCUGCACAGAUUUAACUUGUACUAAUCUGAUGGAGGUAUUUUGAUUUUUUGUAUUUUGAUCUAGCCAAUGUUUGCAGCAUGGUUACUUUAAUGAUUUCCUUGUAUUUAAUCUUUAAGAUGGAAUGAUUACAAUGAGAAAACCCAUAUUUACACGAGAUAAGAGAGUCAAUCAAACCCAGUAGAAAAAGGAAGCAAAAUGUCAAAAAUGCUGUAUCUUCAAGUAGCAUGAACUCCGCCUUCCACUUUCUGAAAUAAUUUCUCUGGCAAUAACCAUCAGCUGUAGCGCCCGUUAAUGCUCGGGCUGUCGUUCAGUUUCAAUCAUAAAGCUGGGUUUGUUAACGAUAAUGAAAAAUGACACGUUAAGUUAAAUCUCAUUUUCAAGCAGUAGAAGCUACUUAGCAUUAACAGAGCAUGCACUGCAUUGUGAUUAUCUGCUCUUUUACAACCUCCCAAAGGAGCAACAAGUAUUUCUUUUAAAGUUUUUUCUCUUACUUUCCUUUUCUAACCAAGCAUGCGGCCCAUAUAUCUGUUUCCCAAUGUAGCAGCUGUCAGUAAGAACAAAAUCAGACACAAUAUUCCUGAGCUGAGGGGCCAAUUGGAGUUUUAAUGCUGCUGAAUAAGCCAGUUUGUCUUCAUCCACGUCUAUAAAUGUUUGUAGUCACAGCACAAGAUCUCUGAGUAGCCAUCCUGUCCUUUUAGCUGUCUGUCAGACUAAACUAAAGCCGCUGUAGCUUCAGUAUUAAAAGACAACCCUUAUUUUAUCAAGCCCAGCUAAGCACAAAUUUACAAAACCCACCUGGAUAUGGAUCCUCCAAACGUGUUUAAGCAUACCCUAAAGAGGUUUUCAUGACGUUCCUAAGCACAUGCUCUUCUCGAGACUGAAAUCUUGGAAAUUAAUGUAAAAGAGGCCUGAACACAUUUAACCCAGUUGAAUUAGUUUGCUGGUGCUGGUAGAUGAGUGGUUGUCUUCUCUAAAACCGGCCUUAACCUUUCCACCGAGCAGUGUUCACAAAAUACUGAUUAAAGGGCAAAGCAGACCAUCUUAGUGAGAGGAUGUGAUUUAAGGCAAAGAGGAUACAAAGGGAGCUGUAAUUUUAUACCUGUGCUUUGUAAAUGUUUUCUAUGUGCAGUAUUUGAUAAUGUAAAACUGGUAUUUUUGUGGUUUGUACGCUGCAGAAUUGAUUACUUAAGGUGCACGUAGUUUUGUAAGAAAAUAGAACCAAACUGAGGAAAAAAAACAAAAAAACAGAACAAUUUCGGAUUCAGAAGCCUGUAUUUGCAUGCCCUUUGACAUCUGGACGCAAAGUCAAUAAAGUUUAUUUGAAUCACACUCA